GAACGAUGGUGAUCUGCUGGCUGGGAACAGGAUGCUGUCAGGCCGAACAGACGCAGCGACCUAACGGGGAGAUACCGCAGCAGCAUCCUUUGUUUUCUAGAGCUGGAAAUGCAGGUAAGACCGCUCACCUGACUCUGCUCUGACGCUCACCUGUCCGCCUGUUUUACCUGCACUCACUGGAAACUGAGUGACGCUUUUGACGCGUCGCAUGACCAGUUUUUCCUUCAUCUCUAGGCAUGUCGAUGAUAUGGCUAUUGUUCGGCGUGCUGUCAUUCAGGCAUUAUCUGCUGCAAAUCCACCGGAGGUUAACGUUUUACUGAGCGACAGAGGGGGGAAUGAGGGUCUCUGUGUUUGAAAACAGCUGUUUGAUUUUCUGUGUGGCGUCACAGAGCUAACUUAGCCUCCAGCUCACACACACACACACACACACACACACACACACACACACACACACACAAUCCAUGCUGUAACGUUAAUACAUCCAUGGCUGUGCUGCUGUGGUGGUGGGGGUACGGCAUUGCAUUGCACCACCACCAGCGCGCGCGCACGUACACACGCACGCAGGUGUAGUUCGUGUCAACUGCGUAUGUUCAUCUCCUGAUCCAUGUCCAAUCUGUACUCACCAACUGCUCCUGAUCUGUAGUUACAGCAGAUUAAAGCUUCAACCUGACUGGUGUAAGGAGGGAUUGUUGUGUGUCAGGGUGUUGAACGUGUCCAGCCUUUGGAGAGCUUGUUGACUAAAGAGGAAUCACACUGAAUCAUUUGAGGCAGUGGCUCCCCCCCCCCCCCCAGAUGGCGACAUUAAAAGCAUCAACUAAAAUAAAACAUUAUCAUUGGGGAUAAACAAGGAGAACACAAGCCUUAAAAACAAGGAUUUAGAAAGCUUCCACUGCAUCACCUCAUUCAUGACACUGCAGAUUUUAGUCUACCCUCAUCCAAAAUAAUGUAGUGUUCCCAUCAGCUUUUUUAGCCCCUGAUCCCCUGAUCUGAGUUUUUGAUGUUAAGUAUCAGCUGCACAAAGUAAACACAUUAACCAGGAGACGUCCUCAGCUUCUUUCAUUUAACUAAGUCUCGCUGGUAUGAAUGAAAAUAUCACAUAUAAACUAAUCUGUUUUACAAAACCCAAUAUCAUUGAAGUUUGGAAAUUGUGAUAAACGUAAAUAAAAACAGAAUACAAUGAUUUGCAAAUCCUUCUCAACCUAUAUUCAAUUGAAUACACUACAAAGACAAGAUAUUUAAUGUUCAAACUCAUAAACUUUAUUUAAUUUUUAUUUUUUGCAAAUAAUAAUAACUCAGAAGUUCAUGGCUGCAACACAUGACAAAGUAGUUAGGAGAGGGGCAUGUUUACCACUGUGUUACAUCCCCUUUCCUUUUAACAACACUCAAUAAAUGUUUUGGAACUGAGGAGACUAAUUGUUUUAAAAUUCUAAUUACCGUAUUUUCCGCACCAUAAGGCGCACGUGAUUAUAAGGUGCACCAACAAUUAACGUGUCUAUUCGCGUCUAUUUUUAUAUAUAAGGCGCACCGGAUUAUAAGGCGCACUGGAUUAUAAAGUGCAUCAAGACAAACAAAACAGUCAAUAACUCUGCGAGGCUACGGUAGCUGCAGUGCCGUGACAAGCCAAAAGGAUUUCAAGUGCGCCUUAUAGUGCGAAAAAUACGGUACCAUUAAAACCGCAUGCACAUUGCGUGGUAUACAACUUGUAAACAUGGCGGAGGGCAGUUCUGCCGACUAUGUUGCAGAGAUUUUUCCACUGUCAAAGAAAACAAAGUCCGAAGUCUGGGCGUAUUUCAGCUUCUACAAAGAGUUGCGAGGUUUGCCAGGAAGCUUUUGUGCAUCCCAGCAACCAGCGUGCCGUCCAAGAGGCUAUUCAGUGCCAGCGGGCAAAUCGUUUCCCCUCGCAAAUCACCACUCAAACCAGGAAAAUAAAUAUGCUGACAUUUUUACAUUUCAAUCUCAAGUAGUGAACAAAUUCAGCAGCAGCAGCAGCUUAUGGGGGAGAAAACAGACAAUCGGUGUGGUUCAUUUAUGUUAUUUUAAACACCUGCACUUGACAUGUUGUUUACAUGUGGUUGUAUUGUUUCAUAUAGUAGUGUUGCUCUGUUUUAUAUUUGUAAGAGUAGAUCUUUUUUAGCACUGAAGAUUCUUACAAUUUGCACAAUAAGGAAUGUCAUUUUAUUUCAAUUUGAUUUAUUUGUUAUUAUGUUAAUGUUUACGCCACUGGCACAUUACUUUGUACUUUGUUAUUACUAGUACUAGUGUUGAUUACCUCUGGCUCUUUUAAGGCCCCAUCUUUAAUAUUUUAAGCUUAUCAUUCCCCUGUAAUUUAAGGUUGAGGAAAAGUUCAUUCUGUGUGUAAUAUUGAUUGUUUUUUCAAAAUAAAAUUGUGUUAAAUGAUUUCAGGGAGUGUAUAAGUACUUUUUAAACAUUUUGAAUAUAUUUCAACAAUACCGUGAUAAUUUUGGUCACAAUAAUCGUGAUGUUAAAUUUUCAUAUCAUUACAUCCCUAGUCAGCCCAAAAGAAGUCAGAGGUAUUUAGUCAAAUUUAUCCAUCUUUAUUAACAACUGACCACCAGUGUUCUUUUUUAUGAGCUUUAAUACCCUUUGGUUUGGAAUUAGAUAUCACCCUGAAAGUUUGUUAGAGGAUGGAUGUUUUUUCGUCAUGUGAAGUUUAAAGCCAUGGGACCCAUCAACCAGACUCAUGUAAGGCAGUCAUCUGCUGAGAUUUCAUCAGAUUUAGAGAGGGGAGAGAGGGAGAUAAAGAAAGAGAGAGAUGGACAGACAAAAGAUGAUGUUCAUAAGUGAAGAGGCCAUAAAGCAGGCAGGUCCUCCUUCACCACAGUGAUCUACAGGAACCUACAGCAUGGCGGAGUUCAGAGACUCACUGAAAGACUCUCAGACUUGAUAGAAGAACUCAUGAGCUCACACAUUGAUUUUCAUUAUAUUUAAAAUGCAGACCUUCAUCCUUGACAGAACACAGGUUGAUACCCAUCUUUCGAUGCAUAUUAUUACUUUUUUGGGUUGUUCACCUUUUCUCCUCAUCACUCCUGGACAGAAAUCCUUAGCCAUGCCAGAUUCAAAAGCUGAAGAAGCAAACUCAACUUCUACAUCGUCUCCGUGUUUCCCCAAUAAUGCCAGUACCUGUUAUUAUUAUUAUGAUUAUUUGUUUAACUACAUCUGAGGCAGUGAGUAAAGCAACAAAGAAUUAUGGGCAUGCCUGGGUUGAUGGUCUCUGUAGUUUUCAUUACCUCAACUGCAAUCCACUGCAACUGAAUCUAAACUACACUUUUUGCCUGGAGGAAUAUUUCAUGCAGCUGCAGGUCCACCCGCAUAUUGAAAUAUUUCCACACUGCUUACAUUUUAGCCAGGGGUUGCGAAUGCUGUGUUGUUGUGCCCAAUUCAGUCAAUGACAGCUGACUUGGAAGUCAUAAAAAAGAGCAAGGAUGUGCUGUGGACAGUUGAUGUUUGUGUUGGUGGGUCACAGUGGUAAGCAGAUGAGCUCUGGUUCAAGUACAGCAACUGUGUUUAAGGCCUCAUGUUUGGUGCACUUUGUGAAUGAAGAAUGUUUAAUAGAUCAUCUAUGACACCUCACCACCAAUACUCACCACUUUAUCUCUUGGAUGGUUGGUUUCCGGUCAUGAGCCAGGCUACAGCUCAGAUGGGAUUUCAGUUUCUUAGAGACAAAGGAGACAGCAGUAAAAGGUCUUUCUGGAGUUUUUAUUUGGUCAGAGUAAAGUUGGCUCAGACUACAGUGGGCUUUACUGUUUUACAUGACUCUGGAUGUUCAAACACAUCUAGAAUCAUUUCCAAUGCUCCCAGUUUGAAUGAUUUACUCUGCAGAACUAGUCCAUUCAUGGUGUGAGCUGAAGACAAGUGCUAAUUUAAGGAAAUCUUAGGCUCUAUUUUCAUUUGCACAUUUAUUGAGUUUCAGGCUUCCUGUGUCAAAACGAAUCUCUGCUGUCAGUGACACCUUUUGGAAAAAAUGAUGAAUUUGGUGUUCAUCCAAAAGCUGUGUCAGGCGCUGAGCAUGGAGGGAUUAACCUGCAGGGUGGCCUGUGGAAAAAUGAGCUGCUGAGCUCCAUUACCUUUACUUCCUACACUGCCUAAAUUGGGGAGAUUUAAACUAGAGGCAUAACACUAUAUUAAAUAUGACUGUGGACUGUACAUUGACAUAUAUAUAUGACAGCUGCAGACCCCAAUUAAAUCUCUGUUAUAAAAAGCCCCAUAUGAUACUUAACCAUGUAAAGGUCCUUUUACACCGGGAGCAUUUUUUUCGUGCGAUUAUUUCGGACGUCAAUAUUUUUUUUGAACCCGUAUCCUGUCAAUACAAGCUUUCACAUCAGCAAAGUUUUCCUGUCCUGCGAUAUUGCGGCAUUUAUUUUUUCGUAUCACGGUCGCAUUUUCUAAAGUUUUGCAUACUGUGUGUCCACUUCUGACCAAUCAGAUUUCGUGUUGUUGCAACUCAAGAUUCACUGGUGUAUCCAACAUGGCCAACUGGCUGAUUGUUUACAUGUUGGAGAACAGAGUGCUUUCUGAUAAAAAACAAAAAUAUUACAAAGAUAACAACCUGAAGGACAACUUGUGGAGAGUCAUAGCGUCGGAUCUCUCAUAUGACGAUAGUUUGUGUGCUUUAACAGUUUGCUAAACGUCUUUGUUUUAACUUUCAUCCGUGCCAAGUAACUUUAGCUCGUAAGCUAACCUGUUCAGAUACAACAUACCAUAUGUAUUUUCACUGUCUCAAACUCAAUCACAGCGUUGCUGUCACAGCACCAUUAGGUCUUGGUAUAGGCCCCUACUCAGUACAUGCUAUCAUGACAGACAGUCAUCUCAACACUAGUGUCUAAUCAGAACUGAAAAACACUCAGUCUGCUGUUGUGUCAGUCUUCUUGCUUCUACCCCGGACGCGUCUUUUUUUCCCCCGGAAAGUCGCAAAAAUAGCGCUGCAUAGUCAGGCGCGUCAAAAUUUGCUUCAGAAUAUUUCGUAAUUUUGUGUCAUAUAUUUGUGUCGUUCCCGGUGUGUAAGGACCCUAAAGCUAUAUACUUCUUUGUUUAUUUUUACACACAUUUUUAUGAAAGAUUCAAAUGAUAAAGAAGAGUAAAAAAAUAUUUUAUUGUGAUUUUUUUUAGUAAACACAAUGAGACUUUGUUUUAGUGUUGACUAUCUUUGCAGUGUACUGAGUGUACAAUCUGGCCCAGAAACACACACCGCUCAAAGAGGAAAACCUUUCAAAUGUUAUCCCAGUAUUUUCACACUCAGCAUGUGUAUUUUGAUUAUGUACAGGAUUCACUCUCUGUGAUGGAUAUGUCAUUUGUUUAGCUCAUGGUCGACAAAGUGUUUGGUCUUUUCUUGAUAAAUGUCAGCAAGGGUAAGCAUGGAGCUGCAAUAGAUGACAAAGAGAUAUGUGGAUUCUACAGUUUAUAUAGAUUUAUAAAUAGUGGACAUGUUCAUAACCUUCACAAUCUAAUAUUGUCCUGUCACACACCCCAACAUCAAUGUGAAAUGUUGUAAGAUGUCAUCAGAAAGCUACCGUCUGAAUUAGAGCUGCAGACAGCCAUAGAUUAGAUAUUUCCACUGUGUCAAAACUCUUAUUUGAACAAACUUGGAGUAACCUGGUGAGCCUUCCUUUGUAAAGGCUCCUCUGUUCAGGCCAACAAGAUACCAGCAAGAAUAAGUGUUGUUCAGCUAUUCACAAGAAUGUGCAGAAUGACAACAACAUUAGACCAGCUGACCAUGACUUUGAAACCGUGAUAUGAGCGGGAUCACAUCUUACCAUCUCACACCGUUAAUCGUUGCUUGUCCCUGGUCACAUUUAGGGCUGAGCAAUUUUAUCAAUUCUGGGAUAUAAAUCGAAUAUAAAUUAAUAUCAAUUUUUUGUUUCAUAUUAAUUGAAAUACAUUUAUACAGUUGCAAUGCCUUGAUUUUACACAGUCAUAGCCAUAAAUGCAAUGGUACAAAUAAUAAGCAUAAUAAUUUCUUUCUGUGUUUCAGUUUUCAUCCAUGGUUUCCUCAUUUUAGGUUUGGCCAAGAAUUUUCAUUUCAGUCCAUCCCUACUUAAAAACAGAUGUGUGAGAGCACUGCAGUUUUAAAAGGAAGAAGGAAAGCGUCGAUUUAGAUAAGUUUGGCGGUUUGCAAGUUGUGUCACACAAACGUAAAAUAUUCUGGAAGUACAACCAACCUAAAAGUGCACCUAAAACGUCACCAGCUAGACAAGGUAACGCACGUUGGCCGAAUAUCAUGAAAUAUAUCGUAUCAUGGGCUGAAUAUCAAGUAUCGUAUCAUAUUGUAUUGUGAAAUGAGUGUAUUGCUACAGCCAUAGUCACAUUAACAGGAGGGAUUGGCAUAAGGACCUCUGCCUCUCUUGCAGAGACUGUGUCAGGCACUGCAGAUUGAAGAAGUGUGAGGCAGAGAAAGACAAGAGACUGUUUAAAUUAUUAGACAAUGAUCUUAUAAAACUUCAAAAACGGGGGAAAAGGUCAAUAAUUAUUGACUCACACCCUCAUUUCAGCAGAUUUAAAAAUCCUCCACACUGGACGAGGACUUCUUUCUUUCUUGUUGUCCACUUUCAAGAUCCCGUCUGUGCUUGCCACAUCCUAGAAACAGCAGGGCCCUCUUGGUGGACAAAUUUUCAUAACAUUAGUAAAUUGGUAGAUAUCUGAGCCCACCAGAUUUUAAAUAUCAAGAAACUUUACAUAAACUUUAAUAACAAUAGUUUCAAUGUACUUACUUUAUAUACCUUUGUGUUCUUGGUUCUGUUUGCCAAAAUAUGGUGAAUAAAGUUAAAAACUUGAGUUAUGUUAGUUAAUGUUCCCAAUGAAAACGCUGAAUAAAAGUUAACUCUUCCUUAUCUAUCCUCACAGCGUCCAUGUUGUAGACCCUCUUGGGAGCAUGCUUCCAGUUUAGUCUGCAGAGUUUUGGUCUCUGCAGCCCUUCGACCCAAAUAUGGAGUCUAGGAAUUUGACAUUAGGGCUGCAGUGAGAGCCUUGCUGACGGUGCACUGUCUCUGUCUGCAGUCCUGAUGAGUAAUGCUGGAUAAUUCUGUCUCUGCAAACACAAACAGUGUGCAGGGUUUUUCCUGGCUCAGCCUGGAGCUUCAGCAUUAGGACCAGGACCGCACAGUCCUGGAACAUGGAGAGGAAUUUGAGUUUUCAGAUGAACUUGAAAGUAUGAACAUUGUUACACUUGCUGGGUAAAAAGCACACUUAGUGAACCGCCAAAGACUCUAAUAUUUCUCCAGCAUGAAUAAUAUCUUUCUAGGAGUUGAAAAGGACAGGAGUUAAGUUAUAGUGUUGCAGUAAUUUGCAGUCAUAGACUUAAAAUAAAUCUUUAUAUCCACUACAGCUACUCUCUCAAAGUUUACAAUUUUAGAGGUGAUUGAAAAGAAUAUCUGAAUGAUUUGUCAGUCUAAUCUCUGCAUGAUUAUUGUCAAACUUCAUCACUAAACACAGAAUUUCAAGUGUUAAACGCAACAGGCCCAAAACUUACCCUCCAGUGUUCAUCACGAAUGAAGUUUCUGUCUGAAGCUGAAUUACCCUGAAGAUAGAAAGCGGUGAGACAAGGGUCAAUGUAAGGCUUUAUUAGGACAAUAGGAGGGAUAUCUAAAUGUUUAAAGAUGUACAGUCAAAAGCUCAUGGUGAAUUGAUGUGUACAUUAAGGAUCCUCUGUAUGUGUCAUUAAUUCUAGGGCUACAAUGAUUCCUCAAAUUACUAACUACAUUAUUAAAAAACUUUAAGGCAAAUUAUUUGCCUGGGAGAGUCAUAGCAUCUGAUCUCUCAUAUGGCAAUAGUUUGUGUGCUUUAACAGUUUGCUAAACGUCUUUGUUUUAACUUUCAUCUGUGCUAACGUAAGCUAACGGUUGUUACCAUAGUUUCAUGUUCUUUUUCCCCCCGCAAAGUCGCAAAAUUGAUGUGUCUUGAUUUGUGUUGGCCCCAGUGUGUAAGGACCUUACCACUGCUUACUGCUGUGUGAGCUCGCUGGUUGCACUUGCCCUUAUGACGCCCUGGCUUUCUGUUAACCUCCCCUUUUAUCAUCUUUCUAUGGCAGAUGUCAAAGUUUGGCUAAGUUUCUUUAUCAGCUCUAAGAACCAGCAGAGAAACAUCUUCAUGUCGGCAUCUGUUUCCUCUGCAGGGGCACAUCCAGACCUUUUAUCUGUGGACCAUUCUCCUCCGUACGUCCCUGAGCUUCCUGCUUCAGAUCCGUCACUCUGCUGUGCUGUAAAGUAAUUAGUGGAUCAACAUUGUCGAAACUGAAUCUUUUUUUCUGCAUUUUAUAUUGGCGAAAAUCGGCAAGUUUUGGACGAUAACCUUUUAGUCUCCAAAGGGCUAAAAUUGGCCGAUUUAAUCAGCUCGCCGAUAAAUCGGUCGGGCCCCACUAUUAAGUCAGGUGUGCUCAGACUGUAACAUGUUGGGGGAAAAAAAGCUUGCCAAAGUCUUUGGAAAUAUCAACGACGAUCUUUGUUUCUGACUAAAAGUCAAAGAGAGAAAGCUAAUGCAAAUCAGAAAGUCUCAAAACCAGACUUUUUGUUCCCCUAACAGACAACUGAAAAAUCACCCUGAAACUGUUUUUAAUCUUCUGAGAAGGUGUUUGUGUGUCAUCUCCACCUCCUGCUCUGUCCGGCUGCAGAGCUCAGCUGAACAUCUGUCCCCUCUGCUGUUAGUAUUUCCAUCAUUUUGUUCACUGAGCUGGGACAGGUUGGUACUAAAAUGUAAUGCAUGUCCUCAGACAUAACAAACAUCUGCAAAGACACCAUCAGUUUAGCAGGACAGUGGAUAUUUCACUUGUACCAAUAUUGAUUAAACUCCAUGAGCAGAUUUACCGAUGAACCCUCAGAUUACUCGACUGCAGUCUCCAGCUUGUAGCUUGUUGUUGUGAUGCAGGAUUAGUGUGACACUCCACUCCUCCUCCUCCUCCUCCUUCUCCCACACACACACACACACACACACACACACACACACACACACACACACAGUCUGUGUUACGUACCUGUAGGUCUCAUUUUUAUCGUCAUGUUCCUUUAAAGACAGACUAUGACCUUGUCUUACAGAUAACCACACAUGAUCCUGUCUGGUAGAGGUCUGUUGUGUUGUCUUUUCGAAUGACUUUGGCAGUGGUAAGCUUGUUUGCUCCUCCCAGGCUCUGUGCGUGUUUGACUUUGUCUUCUUCGGUGGAUCUGAAUCAAAUUAAUUUUCCACUGCAGUGAUUGGUUGACUUUGUUGCUCUGCUGUUUAUUCUGUAGAUUUUGGCAGGUACUGCAGCACAGUGUGACAGUCAGGGUGUGAUGGUAACUUACAUUUUUAAUUUCUUUGUUAAAACCAAGAAACAGAGUCAGUGUUUGCUCUGACAGGUCGAGUGUCUCAAAAUCUUAAAGUUAAAAAUUCUCAGAGGAGAAGAAUAUAGGUCCAACAGAAUGAAAAGACGGAAGCCCACAUGGUUGUACUGAGACACUAUACUUUCCACGUUAACCCACACACAGGAUUUAAUGUUGAUUUUGACCUAUGUAACAGCAGGUCCCCUUCUAAGGAAGUCGCUAUAAUAUGCCACCAUGUCCUUGCAGUAUCACAUAAUGAACAAACAAUGUAAACAACAAAUACGUUUCAAUAUUCAGCAAGUGGCUUCACAAAAUGCACUAGUUGAAAGACAAGAAAAGAUAAUGUUGUUGUGCACUGAUGAUUUUUUAUGGAUAGAUGUUUCUGAUGUUGAGAUCUUGACGGACAGAAGAUCAGACUUGUCAUGCAUCAAAGGAGCUUCUUAUUUUUGAGGGCCAGGGCAAGCAGGGGAGUGUUCAACGUAGAGUCUGACCAAGGACUAGGUGAUUAUAUGAUCGUGAUAAAUUUAGGUUCAAUCACGCUGAUCAGCUGUGAACAUAUUAACUCGAUCAAACAUAGCGGAAAUGUGUGUCACAACAGCCAAUCGGAGUCAAGCUUUUCCUGCUCACUUCUGUAAGUCACUGCAGAAGUCAACAGGAGAAGUAAAGAGAAUGACUGAACGUGGAGGUAAAUGCGGGGGCUGAGGACAGCAAAACUGAUGUCAGUCGUGACUUUGAGUCAUCCUCCAAAGAUGUUAUUGUUGAGAAGUUAUUCAACGUUGGUUGUGUGGCAGUGGUUUGGGUAUCUCCAAAGUUAAGCUGAUGUGCAAGGUUGUGUCGGCGCCCUCAAAAACCAGCAACACAACAUCUGUUUAAUCAUUUGAAGAAGUUCUUCCCGAAUUGAUUAUGUGUAAAGCAUGAAAAUGCGAGCGGAGUCUGCACAGCCUGUUACUGCUGACGGCACGAGUAGCAUUAGCAGUUUAGCUACAACUAGCAGUGCAGCCACUAGACCAAAGCAGCAGUCAAUCGUAUCAUCUACGUUUACAUUAUCUAAUGUUUACAUUUUGAGGCGUCUUUAAUCCCUGAGGGGGCGAUUUGUUUAUAUUGGGUCUUACAUACCUGCAAAACACUCAGGACUGUAAACUAGUUCGCUGUAUUAUUUAGUAUUUAUUUACAUUUGUUGUACUGUUGAGUUAAUUUUUUUUAUAUUUUUCUAAGUGUAUCUUAUUCUUUAUUUACUUUGUAUGUUAAUAAAAUGUUGAACUAAUCUCUAGUUUCUUCAGUUUUUAGUACAGAUGCUUUAAAACCGGCAGUUAAAAAAAAAAAUUGUGAUAAUAAUCAAGAUUGGACAAUUCGACAAAAUAUAUCAUGAUCAUUUUUUGUCAAAUCGCCCAGGCCUAGUCUGACCUCUAUAUUGCCAUUUCUUCUCACUGGGAAAAAACAAACCAAAACUAGUGUUAUCACAAACUGAAAUUAUACAUUGACACCAAGUUUAUUAUAACAGUUGAUAUCAAAAUGAUAAUUGACAGUGAACAAUACUUUUUUUACACUUGAUACCCAAUGGAUCAGAAGCAGGUCAGAGACCGAGUCCUUUAAACAUUUCUAAUUCAAACCAUUCAGAUUGGUUGUGUUUAUCCAAGAGGACUCACUAUAAAUGUUAUUCUGUUCCCAAAUUUGAAGUAGAAGUGUGCCCUGUUUACUGGCCACAAUCUCUGAUGCUUCAGGGCUACUAUGAACAAAGUGGGAAUUGAUGUUGGCCAGUAGCCCCAAUGUGAUUUAUCUGUUAACUGUAAUAUGCACACAAAUGAAACACCUUUAUAACUGCUGGUCACUGCAUUUAUCAUUUACCAAUUCACCUGUUUAUUAGAGGUUUUGUAUCAGUAUUUAAGAUGCAGGAUGAGUCUGAUAUUGACUUGCUUCAAGUUUUUUACUACCAGGCUAGUCUGCUAGCUUACAUUCCUACCAGUCAGGUUUUAGGACUCCCUGACUAGUGGCAGGUAUCAGUGACAGUAGACACCAUGUUCAAAAAACUCAGAAAAAUAUGAGAUGUUGUGAAGUAAAUUUAAUUCUCUGAUUUUUCUCUUUACUUUCUUCAGCUCUAGACCUCUUUACCUGGGCCACUGCUUUAGUCUGAAUGCACUGAUUACUCUCUGCUUAUGGUGGUCUGACUGUUGUCUGUACAGUGUAAGCUGGUUUUUGUCACAUUUUUUUGUGAUCAGGUGAUUAAAUGUCGGGUAACUGGUUCACCUUGACAUGCAUGGAUUUAUAUUAUAUUUUAAAUAAAAAAUCUACUUCUAACGAAUAUUAGGAUCUCUGUUUUCCUGUUAUUUUGAUUUCUAUUGUGGUAAACAAACUCUUGAGUCCACUCUGAAGUGAAUAUAACCAUCACUCAGAGUCCAAUCACUCUUUUUUGUCUCUGGAGCUUACAUCACAACACCACCGUCACAUUUUCCAGGAUUAGUUUGAGGGCCCCUGGAACAAUGAGUGUGAGCCGGAGAGGUUGUGUGGGGGACAACCAAUUGAAUGUCAAAGCUGCUCAUGAGUAUGUGUGCGGUUUGUAAUGUUUCAGAUUGCUGUGUGUAUAUGUGUGUGUCUGUGUGUCUGUGUUUAAAGUGGACAUGAAUAAUGAAUAGUGUGUUGGCGGAGCACGCUCUCUGUCUAGGUGCAGCUCGUCUUGCAUUACUACACUAAGUGGUGACCUCACAGGGAUAAAAGCCUGCCUUACUACCUUCACAUGGGCACACAAACACACACACACACAGUUCAUAUUGUUACUCCGCUGUUGCGUCAGGCUCAGCCCAAACAAAGAUUAUUGUAAAAGAUGACUACAACAUCUUUUUGCAUCCUGCUCACUUCACUUGUGGUUUUUAUUGCACAGAUUUAACCAAAAUAUCUGGUACUUUGAUGACUGGUCUUAUUCUGAUAACUCAGUCUGAUUAUUCUAACUGAUGCCAAGAUCUGAUAUUUUCAACAAACCAAUAUUUUGUGGAUGACAGCAUUUUGCUCUGCUUCUGUCCACUAUGAUCACUUUUCAUGGUGAUCACUGGCACUGACUGCAUCAUUUAAGAAUAAAGGCAAAUGAUGUUGAUGCCUCAAACAAGUCAAAACCAGUUCUGAUCCAGAGCCAGUUUCUGAGGAGAAGGAUGAGGAUGAGUUGGAAUUGUGGUCCACAAAUAAAUGACCAAAACAUUGUCAGAUCAAAAAACUUCUAGUGUCUGUGAGGUGUUUUUAGUUGGUAUUGAAAUGGACUGAAAUUAAUAUUGAUGCCCCUUGAUGACCUUGAAAAGCAAACAAGAACUUAACAAGAUCACUUUAUCCACAGGGGGCUCCAAAUCAACACAAAUCAAAUGUUCCUCACUCAAGCUUUAAAUAACUUCUAUGGAUGGUAGCACCAAUGCUUGACCACUGGGUGUUAAUUCUCUCAUUAGCUCUAAAAAUAUGAUCUGAACUUAUAAAGCCUACAAGACACUAUGAUAAAUUUAGGAUCAUUAAUACUUAAUUUCCCAGGCUUAAAAUAAAGACCUUUUUAAGACUUUUGAAAGAAUUCAAGGAAACAACACUCAUAGGUUUUAGUGCUUUUCAAUAAUACUGAACAGAGAUGGACCAAUUCCUCAUUUGGUGGAUUAUUGAUGGAUAAUGGCAUUUUUGACAUAUUCUGCAUCAAAUCAGCAUCGGUCACCACAAGUGGGAUAUCACCUUUAUCUUUCCAAAGAAACAAUUUAUAUAUAUAUAUAUAUAUAUAUAUAUAUAUAUAUAUAUUUACACACACACAUUAGGGCCCGACCAAUAUGGAUUUUUUGGGGCCAAUGCUGAUACUGAUUAUAAGGAGGGAAAAAAAUCUAAAUGCUGAUUAAUCAGACGAUUUUUAAAAAUUUUUUAUUAAGUUAUAAAACAUUUAUUUAUACUGUAGAUAUCUACAGUAUAUUAUAUACUGUAGAUUUACUGUAGGCUGACGUUGACAGGAAGACCAACUGAUCAAACUCAUCUGGAGACAUCCAGCUGCCUCAGUAACAGAAGUAGCUCGAUCAAGUAACGUAGUUGUUUAUUCUACCGUUACUGGCAUGGCUAACAGUGUAGCAAGGCCAAUAGCUGAUGGCUAACUCUAACUUUAGCCUGCAUAUUACAUUGUGCUUCACCGUUAACUCGGCGUGAACAAGACCUGCACAGCGGGGAACAUCGUGAAAUGGGUUGAACUGAAACUUGUUGACUUAAAUCCAAAAGUCACUUGCAGCAGUAUUUUACGGAGCAAUUGUGUUUUUUUUUUUAUGCCAAAGAGAAGCAAAAACAACAACAACACACACACACACACUCACUGUCAUAUCAGUGUCAUAUAUCAGCUCUCUCAUUAUUGGUGUUUGAAAAAACUGAUAUCAGUCAACCACCACUAUUGAAUGUAAAAUAACAGAUCUUGUGUAAUUUUAAGCAGCAGAAACAAAGUAUUAAAGUAUCGUUGAUCAUCUGCAUAAACAGCAUGGUCAGACUGUGUUGUUAAAAGAGUCCCAUAGAUUUACUUCUGUCUCCUGGACUUUAGCUGCUAUGAUUUCUUCUGUUUCUUUCUGAUUACUUUCAUUACAUAAUACAUACCCGUGAUAGUAAAAAAAUGUUGAGUCACGUGGUUUGCAUGUAAAAGUACCAUAUCAAGUACUUUUAUUGAGUCCUUUUUUUCCUGAUAAUGCCGAGUGAAUGUUUACAUCCGAAAAAGCUUUAUAUUAUAAGCCUGCAAGCCAUCACAUGGACUUAAGUGAACUCAGUUUUGAUCCACGUGAACUCGAUCAGGAGGUAAAUCCUAAUCCGAGUGGAGACGGUGCUGCAGGAUCAUUCACAUGCUGCGAUUCCUCGACAGGCAUCACUGUAAUGUAUAUGUUCAUCUGAGCAUGUCAGUGGCAUUCACAGUGAGGUAAUACCCUUAUGUAACAGUGUUUUUAUUCUCUAACAUCUGCUGAACUGAGAGGGUACCAAGGCUGCAGAGACGAUGAGCUUCAGAUUUACAUACCCCUUAACUAAAUCAGCUGCAGUGGGAGUGCACAGGAGUUGGGAUCUCACUUUUUUAAAUAUUUACAAUGAACAGGCUGACUUUUUACUGUCAUUUUGGGUUGAAGGUGUGUGUGCUGCUUAUUUUUUUAAUGGUUCAUAUCAGAACCAUCUGACACGUAUUCACUGUCACUCAAAUAAAUCAAACUUUGCCAUCAGAGGGAAAGUACAGGAUGUGGUACUUUCUGACAAGUGUAUUCCCCCUUAGUGCCACCCAUUGUUUAAAAACUGUCCAGAGAUGAUCCUAAUUAUAACCUUCAUGUCACUGGGGUUUUUUGACAAUACAGUUAAACCACCUCAAUCUUUAUAUACAUACAAGGCACUAAGAUAAACAGUCGCAUCCCCCAAAAAUUCCCCAUAUCAUCUUUUUGAAAAUGAUAAACAACCUGGGUAUGGGAGGUCCCAGAUUAAAAUAGUUGUGUUUUAGGCAGCUCUCAGUUGAUUUCAGAUACAGCCUCUGAUUGGUUAACAGACCAAACAAAGAUGGCAGCCUGCCAUUAGCAUAGCCAGCUAAAAACAAAACAACACUUUUAUACCAAAAUGAAGAUAAUUUCACAUUACCUUGUUUUUGAGGGAUUGGUUUUGGACAGUCUCUAAAAUUCUGUCAAAGCUGUUAGUCCCACAAAAUGAGUGGGUUUUAUAGUUAGCCUUUUUCAGACUUGAUAUUGUAAAUGCAACAAUAGAAAGGCAAGAGCAUUAAACCUAUCAAGUACAUACCCCAAUAUAAGACAAUCCCACUUUUUUCAGAUGUAUUUCCAAAAAACUUAAGUUCAGGUCAGUAUGGUAGUGUGCAUUAAUCAACAUUUACUUAUAAACGUGCAAGAUUAGCAUGACAGCAAGGUUUUACCAUAUACCAUGAUUGAGAAAAAUUUGUUGGCACAAUGCCACACUUUUUUUUUUUAAGUACAUAGGUUUCUAUCAAAUAAAAAGGGGUGUUUUUCCCUAGAAACGCUUUGGGGAUCCACCUUUGCCUCUAGAUAGAUAGAUAGAUAGAUAGAUAGAUAGAUAGAUAGAUAGUAGGGCCCAACAGAUAUGGAUUUUUGGGGGGCUGAUGCCGGUACCGAUUAUUAGGGGGGAAAAAAAUCCAAUUACCGAUUAAUUUUAAUUUUUUUUUUUUAAAAGUUCUAAAAAACAUAUACCGUAGAUAUCUACAGUAUAUAUUAUUCUGUAGAUAUACUGUAGGCUACUGCUCUUCAUGCCGACAGGAAGACCGACUGAUCAAACUUGGAACAGAAAAGAUGAAGAUUGUCAUUAGGUUGCUGUGCCAUCUACAGGAUAAGUUGGGGAACUUUUCAAAUGGCAGAACAUUUUCGAAGUGAAACCAAAUCUUAUUCUCUGCAUUUUAUUGUUGAAAAUAUUGGCAAAAAUCGAGUUUUGGCCGAUUACGGAUUAGUCUCAAACGGGCUAAAAUUGGCCGAUUUAAUUGGCUCGCCGAUAAAUUGGUCUGGCCCUCAUAGAUCGAAUUUUAUUGUCAUUGUAACAAGCACAACGAAAUUAAAAAGUGCCUUUACAAUCAGUGCAUUAAAAAAAGGGAUUAGACAGUAAUAAAACAUUAGACAGUAACAUUAGACAGACAACUUUAGACUGUGUCGUUUCAGUUGAUUUGAAUUUCCAAACUGGCAGAAGAGGGAGUUACAGUGUAAGUCCAGUUAAUAGAAAGUCCCUCCUGUGUUUGUGUGUGUAUGUGGUUACUGGAUUGAGGCCACCAACACAGAGUUCAGCAGGCCAAUUAUCUAUCUGUGGCUCUCAAACCCUGGCCGGGAUUAACCUUUGCGUCGGCCCUGAUCUGGUUAGCAGUGCUUAGCAGGUCCAUUGAUUUUGGAGCAGACCUCAGGACUACACAGACUGUCAGGCUCUAUGCUGUUGUUUCUGUCCUACCGUGUGACAAAAACAUGACAAAGUGUUAAUAUGAUCAACUUUUAUCCUCUGAUAGUCUUUCAGGUGUGAGAAGGAAACAAACCCAGAGAGUCCAGAGGGCUUAUUGGUCAGACUGUAGGAUGUUUACUUACAUGAGCUGAAUUUAACGAUCACACAUUUCAAGUCUCACAAUGUCGCAUGAGACUUAACUAUGUAGCUGGGCUGCAGAAAGCCGGGUUUACGUUAGCCGGUAUAUUCUGGCUUUCCACAUGCAGUGGUAUUUAUUGUCAAAUAAAUUAUCAUACUGAAUCCAAGAUGUUUGUUACCUUUAAUAACAUAAAAAAGUGUGAUUAUCCCACCCCCUAAAAAACAAAAACAAAGAAGUCCACACUCUUUUAUGAUGUUGACAGCAAAGCAGCAAGAAACCAGAUUUUCCUAUUUUCACCAAAAUGCCUGCAUCACAGAGAGAACUGAUGGGUACAGUAGAGAAUAAAAAACAAACAAGAUAAAACAACACUGAAAAAUAAAUCAGACAUCUAUUCUCUGUCUCCAACAGGAUAUACGGUUUUACAGUCACCUGUGACACAUGCAUAAUAACAUGUACAGUAAAAUGUACUAGUUACCUGUUACUUUAGUUGUGACAGUCUAUUUUUUUUAUUUCUAUUUCUUUUUUGAUAAUAGGAGAACUUUUAUUAAUCCCAGAGGGGAAAUUUAAUAAUAAACGGACAUAAAACAAGACAAUCAACUGGAUUCUACCAAAAAAUGAUGAUUUAAUGCUCCUUCAAAAAAAUAAUUCAGUAAAGUGUUUUGUAUUCAGAUUCACACUCAUGUAGGACUGGGUUAUUUUCUGCAAAAUACAUCCGGAAAAGUGUUUUGUUGUUGUUGCUGUUGGUGUUUUGUUUUGUUUUAAUUUAGGGGUGAGUAUUUGAUCCUUUAGGGUUUGCGUGGUUGUAUACAACGUAAAACUGUUGUGUGUAAAAUAUUAGCUCUGGAAACAGAAUGACACGACCUUACUUAAAAAAUGUACUUGCUCUGCGACAUCAGGGGCCUGUUCUAUGAAGCAAGUUCGACCUAGCGAGGUAGCCUUGGAGCUACCUCGCUCGACUUAGUGCAGUAGCCAGCGGUCUCGCUAAACGGUCUUACGACGCUGGUUAACAACCUCGUAAGUGGAUCCAGCUUUGCUAUGAGCAUGUGCACGCAUGUAAGGCGGAGCCCGCCGCAUCUGACCAAUCACGAACAUGGACCAGUCUGGAGCUUCAGAGCAGGCUGGAGAGCGAAGGACUGUGGACUUUACAAACAAGGAACAGGAGACGAUCAUGAGAAAGUAUGAAGAAUUCAAAUCUAUCAUAAACCUCAAAAGCAACACCGUUGCCGCUGCAAAAGCACGGAAGGAAUGCUGGCAGAAAAUUAAUCUCUGAUGCCAUUAUCACCCUGAAAUAGCACUGUUCAACAUGCGCUUUUAACUAAGGUGACCAGACGUCCCUGAUUUCCGGGGACAGUCCCUGAAUUGGAUGAUCUGUCCCCGGCUAAAGCUGUCCCGAAAAUGUCCCUGAUUUAAGCGUUUCAUGAAUGAAAACAAAAAUGUUGCAUGUAGGCUAGAACAAUGGUUAUUACAGUGGGUAGCAAGCACAAGUAAGCAGUCCUGAACAACAGUAUUUACGGGGGUUAUUACUAGGGGCAUGCGCAGCGCUGCUACUAAAUAGUACUGAGAUGUUGUCUGUGAUCACACAGCCCAUGCCCAUUCAUUUCCAAGAUGUAUUCAUUCAUUUGUUCAUUUCUAUCGUAUUUACUUUUUUUGUGUGAUAUGUAGGCCAUAUGAGCCUUUCAUAAAGGUGGUCAUCCGGAAAAGUAAGUGGGUCCGUUAGGUCCCUGGAAACUCUCGCGCGCCGGGUGCUCUUCAGACAAUACGAGCACUGAGGUCUAUAGGAUCCUCCAAGAACGGACAAGCCAUUUUUCGAGAGAGCUCAUUGGUCAGUGGGCGGGGUUUUUAUACUCGGUGAGUUCAAUCUGGAACAUAACCUGCCCCGGAGCAGGUUAGCCUUUCAGCUAACGUUUCCAUGGAGACUCACCUCGCUAAGAAGUGAACCCGCGUCGUAGAACAGGAAACCCUCAAAGUUACCUCGCUAAGCCGUAAUCCUGCUUCGUAGAACAGGCCCCAGGUCAGCCCUCUGCAAAAUACUCAGUGUAUAAAGAUCAUGUUGUUUCAAAUGUUUUUUCUGUUUUUCAGCUUAUCCAGAAUCAGAGAAGUUGUGUUCUCUUAUGGUAAAACAAGUUUCAUCUCUAAAAGGUGAAAAGCAGGGAUCAUCUUAUAACUCUUAUUCUACUGCUUAAAUGCGUCAGCUUUCAGAAAUGUUUUUAUUUGCUGAUCAGCUAAGCUAUUUAAGUGUUUGUGCUGAAACUGAUAUUUUACAGUAAUAUUAUGCAACCCUGUUUUGAACGGGCACUGGGUAACCCUCUGAGAUGUCCUUCACUUCAAACAAAGAGAUCUGAGGACGAUCUCAGGAAACACUGGUGUCUUUAUCCUAACCUGUGCAUGUUAACUGUUGUUUGAAUGUGCUGCAUAUACACCAAAAUAACAGGCUGCAGAUUUGUUCACAUCUGCCUUGUACCGUUUUGUUGAAUUGCACAUUCAUAAGGAAAUGGAACUUAAUCAUUUUACCGUGGUGAAAGGAUUUCACCCCGCCCUGACAACGAGAUCCCAACCCAGAAGUUCGAAACGCUAUUCUGGUUCAAGUUUGAUUCAUGAUAAAUACGUGAAAUAUUACUGAGGUUAGUGUUACCGAGAAGUGUUUGAAAGGCUCAAAAGCAGCCAUUUGUUAAAAAAAUAAGUAAAUAUGUUGAUACAUUACUUACAUUAACAAAAUUCUAAAACUUCAUAAAAAAUUCAUAAAAUCGGCCAAUUAAUCGUUAAUCAGAAUUUUUCCUUCCUAAUAAUCGGUAUCACAUCGGCCCCAAAAAAUCCAUAUUGGUCGGGCCCUAAUUAAUAUAUACACUUAAUUUUUAUUUUUAUCAAAAUGGCCUUUAAAAUAUAAUUUGCGCAAUUUCAGACUCUAAAGCUCGCAAUCAAAUAAUGAAAUAAUGAAAAAUACAUCUUUCUCUCCUCUGCGAGUAGCGGGGCUCUCUGCUCACUGCUCUCUCUGCUCGUUGCUCUCUCCAUCUCACAACAGUAACACGUGCUGACAUGCUGGGCCACGUAGUUCAGAGGCACACACCGCACCUCUGAAAGUGGCGAACAUAAACGUACAAGGUGACGUAUUUUAAUGUCGCCUGAUAUAGACAUACGUCAUAUGAGGUGACGUUAACAUACAUCGACGCAUAUGACGUAUGUCUACGUACAUAUGUCAUACAAGGUGACGUUUGUUAACGUCACCUCGUAUGAUGUAUGUCUACGUACAUGUCACACCAGAUGACGUAUGUUAAUGUCACCUACCCCACACCCCUGCCCUGCCAAAGCAAAAAAGCUAGGGGAAACACUGAAAUACCUGUAUAAGAGUGUGGACAUAGCCUGGAUGCCAGGACAGGGAGCUUAUAGCUUAGCCACAAAUUAUGCCUACAUACUGAAUACAUACUUGUUGAACAUUUCCACAAGUUUGGAGAGAAUCAGGAGUUUACUUUCAUUUUCUGCUCUAUGCCUCUCAAUUUUCUCCUUUACAUUGUCAGCAGAAGCAGUUUCAAUGCUUUUAAAAUGUCAGAAAGAUAAGUAGCAGAUUUUGUGGUGAUUCCCUAAGAUGUGUUGGUGAUGCAUAAUGACAGCUCUGGAGUAAAAUCUGAAUGGCAGAAAACUAAACUAAAUGCUAACAGCUGUGAUGUUAUUUUGACUCUGUGUAUAAUGAUGCAAAAACUUCCAGCGUUCAGUAAAAAUCAGUAAAAAACUGAGUUUUGUGGUUGCCGAUGAGAUGAAGUGAAGGAAGCUCCUCUGGUUCAUGUGUUCAUUCACAGCUGUGUUUUUGUGACUAAUGAAAUGAUGAUAAACAUUUGACCUCUAAGUUGACCCUAACUCAUUUUGUGGUGGGUUAUCUGGCUGACAUAUGUUUGUGUCAUGGAGCUGGAAGUAGUGCUGAGUGUGACCAGUUUGCAUGGCAUCUGCAAUGCUGUAGGAAAAAGAGGCAGUGGCAUGAUCACAGAAAAACAACCCUGCAAUGGUGUGAGCUUUGACUGACUUUCAUUAUCACAAAGUGACCACGAAAAGACCCGAAGGAAAAAGACAUUGAUCGCUCAUUUGUCACCUGAACUGGAAUAAAAACUCCUCCAGUUGUGAAAGCAGCCUUACUUGAGUGUGAGCUUCACUAUUGUAAACAAAGGAAAAACUGAUACUGAGCCAGGUUUACAGAGUAUUCAGAGCUAGUCAGAGAAUUUCCCCCAAAUGUUUGUACAUCCUCCUUCACCCUCAGGCUUAAGAUUUUCUCCAUAAAGAGAUUUGACACAAGGAUUCUCAAGUACUAUCUGUCCCUGAGUCCUGUAGGUUGUAUAGAUCAGAAAGCUCACUCUUUUCAGUGUGAGAAGAGAUGAUCUUCAAAAAUUCAUUUUGACUAAUCUCUUUGUCUGAAGAGGGAGUUGGUUUUCCUGAGGUAGUCUUGUGAGUUAGAGGCUGUCCUUGACAAGUGUUGUGAUAAUCUGUCUGUAAGAUGUGAUCUGUGCUAAAGUCAUUAGCAUAGGUAGGUUUCAACUCCGCUCAUGUGCUCAUGACCUUAUCCAGGAUUUCCUUGGUGCUCCGGCUCUGCUCCUGGAAACUCUGUUUUCAUCCUGGAUUUCUGACAACUCUUUGGACAUAACUCGUGAAGCCCUGCAUGUCAGCUUAUAAAACUUUAGCGCAUGAUAUUCUAUAAAGGGUGUGCCAACUUUCCCAUUAUUGUGAGGGAAGAAGGAUCUACUGUUGCCAUGGUCAACAAUGUGUACUGUGAUUAUUUGCUUCCUCAUUCGCCAGCUUGUCAAAUGCUUGGUUGCAUUGUGGAACUCCAAGAACUGCUCUCGUGGUAAGUCCAACUCUCUGGAUGUAGUACAGUGGAUUUGUUGUGUUUUCCAGAUGUUUCUCAUAGAGCUCUGAGAGAGUGAAAGGCAGGGAAAGCAGAAAUUACUUUAAGGUUGAAUUUAUUUGUACAAUAGUCAGUGUGGAAAUUAGUGGUGAAGGUUGACUGCUGCUGGUCCAACAUUGUCAUAGAUGAUGUUUCUGUGGAGCAUUGUUAAAUGUUAAGUUAUCAUGUCUAAAGAAAAGAGUGGUUCUAUUAAUUUUCUUCGGUAAGUUUUGUCCUUGAAAUUCAGAAGGUCAUGAAACCAUGUUUCUUUAAAUAGUGGUUGAUGAAUUACAAUAUUUAAGAGGCCAGCAAGAUAACACUAAAAAUAAACUAAGUAGGACUACCCAAAAUCCUCAAUUUUUCCAUCUGAAACCAGGCCUCUCUGGUGUCAAGCCCAUUACAAGUGAAUAAGACCUGGGCACUUUUUGUAUUAUACACGUGAACUAUGCAGACUUGUGUGGUGUUCAGCUAUCUACUCACUUCAUUUGCUUAUCCAAGAGCUGAAAAAUCUGAGCUCUUGAAUCUCUGUAGCCAAUCAACAUGGAGAUUCCCUGGUAAAGUUUGUCAACUACUGACCAGUAGGGGUUCAUUCACCUGGAAAAUGGAGGACAAAUGAAUCAUGAUGGUAUGCGGCUACUUUAGCUCUGGGGUUCAACUGUUUUUGUACAGUUAGACUGGAAUAAUAAAUAUCUUGUUUGGAGAAAAGUGAGUGAGGAGUUCAGAUUAUCUAAUGUGCAAACACAACAAAUCCUUCCAAUACAGUCCGCUUCAACCACGUUUGAUGGAAACAGACUUAAGUGACAUGAAUAAAAUCCCACCUCUCUGUUUGAGCACUCUUGGGGUAUGUUACACAAAUGAAGUGGGUAAUUUAUGCAGAUCAAGCAUCAAACUGUGAUUUCAGUAAAUUAAUCAUUUUAUUCAUGUCAGCUUUGAACACAACAUUCAACUGCAUGUGUUAAACUGAGAAAUGCCAAACUGUAUUCGUCUAACUAGAUAUCCUGUUUGGAAUUUAUGUCUGCACUUAUGCCCAUAUGUAGUUCUCUUUGUUGUUUUCAGUCUUCUUUCUUUGUCUCUGCUGCACUGUUACAGUCUGUAACGGGGUUUCUGAAGAGCUCUAUUAUACUAACUUAUUGCAGAAGAAUAUAUAUAUAAAAAAAGAAAGGAUAAGAACAAUUAAAAUAUUAAAGCCCAAUACAAGCCUGCUUCUUAUAAAGGCCUGGUACCCUCUGCAGCAAAAACUCACGAAAACCCACUUUUUCAAGUCAUGAGGUCUAGGUCACUAGGUCUUAAAUGAUGUUUCGGGUUUGGUUAAGUGAUUGGUAGACUGAUUGGUUUAAUCCCAGUAAAGCGCUCAGGUCUCUAUAACAGGAUGUUACGGUUAAUCGUGUCCAAUGCAGCAUUAUGAUCCAAGAGGACAGAAAGAGAGAGGUCACCUCUAUAUCAUGGGGGAAAAAAAAAAAAAAAACACCCUGAUUUUUCAGGAAAGAGAAAGUGAAACUGGAUACUGAUUGGUCCUUUCAUGGCAUCUGUUUCCACUGUUCCUUCCCCUGUUCUGCUACCUUGUCCUGGUGGGGAGGCUUGCAUGCCUUCGUGACUCUGAAGGCUAUACCAGAGGGGGCUCAUACCCUCAGCAGGUUCAACAAUGCCGGGCAGGUUUUCGAGUAGAGGCCGGACGAAAAGCAGCACCUGGCCCUCCAGGUUGGGGGUUCGGCGUGGGGCUAACAACCCCACCCCGUAAAACACCACUUUGUUACAGAAACCAUGACUAAUGCUUUAACAACCACCAUGGGCCCCAUAGUAGACCCUAGCCAACCCAUUGGCAGAGUGACCACUACUGAUGAAAGCCUUCAACAGGAAGUCAGGAGUGCGAAGGCAUGUCUACUCUGGCCCAAAACAAAGAUCCGACUUGGAGCAUGGAAUGUACGCACCAUGUACGAAACAUCUAAACUUGCCCAGGUUGUCAGUGAGAUGAGAAGAUACAAGCUGGAUAUUCUGGGGAUCAGCGAAUGUUAUUGGACCAGAUCUGGACGCCACACAAUCAAUGAUGGAUCAGUUAUACUCCACUCAGGGCAUAAAGACAACACAGUCAUGGUGUGGCUCUAAUAAUCUCCAAAGCAAAGGCUUUGUUAGAAUGGGAGCCUGUAAGUGACAGAACCAUCAGAGCUCACUUCAAUUCUAAACAUUGUAAUCUAACCAUUAUACAAUGUUAUGCACCAACAAAUAAAGCUGAGAAAGAGGACAAGGAUGACUGGUAUGAAGAGCUACAACCGACCGUCUCCAAGGUCCCACUGCAUGAUAUGUUGCUGAUCAUGGGUGACAUGAACUCCAAAGUUGGUGUCAAAGCUGUCAAAGACAAAGGCAGGAACAACCUCCUAACAGAGAAUGAACAGGCAGCAAGGUGAAUGCAACACUUUAGUGAAGUCCUCAACUGCCCUGAGCCAGAACAUCCCGCUACCCCAGCACCUGCAGAUAACAUACUUAACAUCAACACCAGCCCCCCAACUGCAACAGAAGUCAACAGUGCCAUCAAAGCAACAAAGAAUGGGAAAGCUGCAGGCGUAGACUCCAUUCACGCUGAGAUGACCUUUUUAAGAACAUCUGGGACAAAAAUGUCAUUCCUGAGGACUGGGCCAGAGGCCUGAUUACCAAAAUCCCAAAGAAAGGCAAUCUCCAAAACUACAACAACUGGAGAGGCAUAACAUUGCUGCCCAUACCAUCUAAGGUCUUCUGCAGAAUCUUGUUGGGCCGAAUCGACACUGCAAUUGACACCAAACUGAGACAGGAACAGGCAGGGUUCAGGAAAGGAAGAGAUCAGAUAUUUACAAUAAGGAACAUCAUUGAGCAAUGCCUGGAGUGGAACAGUCCGUUGUACAUCAACUUCAUAGACUUCCAGAAAGCCUUCGACAGCUUACACCGUGACACCUUAUGGAAGAUCGUAGAGUCCUAUGGAGUUCCCACAAAGAUGACUGCAUUGAUAAAGAUGUUCUACCAUCAAUACGGAUGUAGUGUUAUUGUUAAUGGCAACCUCACUGAAAGGUUCCCUGUGAAAUCUGGUGUACGCCAGGUAUGUAUCAUCUUCCCCAUACUCUUCCUGAUUGCCAUCAACUGGACCAUGCAAAGAACCAUCUCGGACAAGCCCAGAGGCAUACAGUGGACUCUUUUCACCCAGCUAGAGGAUCUUGAUUAUGCUGAUGACCUUGCCGCUCUUUCCACCAACCACACUCACCUGCAAGAGAAGACUAACCGGAUGGAUAGAUUUGCCAAACAGAUCGGCCUGAAUAUGAACACCUCCAAAACCCAAAUGAUGUGCAUAAAUUCAACACCACACGCACCAAUCACUGUGGACAGUAAACCUCUUGAUUAUGUUGAGGAGUUUACAUGUAUGGGAAGACUGGGGAAAGCUCACAGCACCUUUGCCAGCCUUCAGACCAUCUAAGCAGUAUAGCCUUAAGACCAAACUUCAGCUGUACAACAGCGAUGUUAAAUCAGUCCUGCUUUAUGGCUCGGAGUGCUGGAGAGGGUUGAGAGCGACAUGAAAAAGAUCAAUGCCUUCCACAACGGAUGUCUCCGGAAGAUAUGUAGAAUCCUUUGGUCAAAUAAGAUUUCCAAUGAGGACCUGUAUAACAAGACAAACUGCCGCAACGUGGUGCUGGAAAUAAAACAUCACUGCUCAGACGGCUCGGACAUGUCCUCCGAAUGGACCAGGACUGCAUCCCCAAAGUAUCCUUGACAUGGACUCCACCUGGGAAGAUGAAGCAAGGGAGGCCAAGGACAAGAUGACGGAGAACUGUGACCUCGGAACUGAAGAUGGCAAAUCUAACAUGGGGCAAGGCACAACAUGCUGCACAGGAUCGGACCAGAUGAAAGCAGAUAGUCACGGCCUCAUGUUCCACAGGGAACGAAGAGGAUUAAGUAAGUAAGUCUAUAGCAGAUACAGACUGUUUCCAAAGGUGCAGCUCUGGUUUCACACUUUCUAAAGAUCCUCUGUAGUCACAUUUAUCUGCUGCAAAGACUGCAGUGUGUGUCAACCUGAUCAUGAUAAAACACUUAGGAGUUUCCCAACACCAAAACAAAGAAUAAAAGAGCCCCAAAGCGACAUUUUGAAUAAACAAAGAGGAUGUGGAGUAAAUACUUGACAGUACCCUAUGAACUGUGACUGUUUUAUCAGUAUUUUAAACUUUUACUGGACUACUACAGGCAUUGCCUGUUAUAAGAUACACCACCGUUGCUGAUUUUGGAUCUGUCAGCCACAAUAUAUUGAUUUUGUGCUCCGGCCGCCGAGUGGUGCAAGUGGCUAACUCUAACUUUAACUUGCAUAUUACAUGGUGAUUCACCGUUAACUCGGCGUGCCCGAGACCAGCACAGUGGGGAACAUCAUGAAGUGGGUUGAACUGAAACUUGUUGACUUAGUGUGUAUUUCACAAACUGGUUUAUUUAUCGUUGAGGUGGACCACUCUCCUCCGUGCGUCCCUGAGCUGCCUGCUUCAGAUCCGUCACUCUGCUGUGCUGUGAGGUAAAUAGUGGAUGACGAUUGUCAUGAGAUCGCUGCGCCAUCUAUUCGCCAUUCAGCCAUUACAGGCUGAACAGUUGGGAGUAACUUCAAGUUUUUGUUCACAAUGCUUUUUUUUUUUAAAUCCAGCAUGAGUUGUAUGUAUUUUGGGAUGUAUUUACUCCAUGAUCAGAUGUUGCUUUCAUGGAAAUGCACCAUUUUACUCCAUUUACCUUUAGACAUACAUUGAUGUUAACAGACCAUUGCUAAAUAUAUGUCAGCAAAAGAUAAUAAGGGCUUAGUUUUAGGGUUGAAAACAUUUGCAAGAGUCACAACUUAAGUGCAAAAGCAAAAAAACAAACCACAAUUGGAUUAUUCACUUAAACUUUUGGGCCUUUGAGAGUCUGCAUACAAAAAUCCUAAUAAAUCUCAACUGCAUCAAACUACUGCAGAAAUGGCUAGAAAGAAGCAACUGAGUAAAGAAACAAAAGUACAGAUUCAUACAUUGAGGAAAGAAGGGUACACAGAAAGAGAAAUUGCAAAACGCCUAAUGGUGUCUAACAAAGGAGUCCACUACACUCUGAAGAGACUAGAGGAACCUGGAAGUUAUGAUGAUAGAAAAAAGGCCUGGAUGAAAGAGAGUUACUACAAAAGCAGAGGAUAAACAUAGCAUUGUCACCAGUAAAAGAGAUCGGCAAAAGACAGCACCAAAAAUAAGGGAGGAAAUCAACAUGACAAGGUCGAAACCCAUAUCUCUGACAACCGUGAAAUGACGUUUGAGAAAGGCUGGUCUGAAGGGUUGUGUAUCUGCAAAAAAACACUACUUCAUCCACAGAACAAGAAAAAGAGAUAUGAGUGGGCAAAAGCUCACAAUAAUUUGACCAAUGAUGACUAGGAACAAGUUCUCUGGACCGAUGAAAGCAAGUUUGACCUGUUUGGUUCAAAACGCAGAGUCUAUGUCUGCAGACAAACUGGUGAACAUCUGAAAGCACCAUGUGUUACACCCACAAUUAAGCUAGGAGGUGGUAGUUCCAUGGAUGUUUUGCAGAUGAUGAAGUUGAAGAUUUGUUUGAAGUAAAGGGUAUCAUGAAGAAGGAACAGUACCACUCCAUCCUCCAACACCAUGCUGUUCCAUCUGGACUCAGACUGGUGGCUCAUAAGUUUGUUUUGCAGCAAGACAAUGACCCUAAGUAUUCUGCCAAGCUCUGUCAGGGUUACCUAGACAAAAAAAGGAAGAGGGAGGUGUUCUUCAAAAGAUGAUUUGGCCCUCUCAGUCUCCUGACCUUUCUCCAAUAGAGCUUGUGUGGGAUGUAUUGGAUCUAUCAGUCAGAAAAGCGCGUCCCACGAAUCAGCAGUCUCCUUUUAAUGAACUUAAGAAAGCUUGAAAUGCAAUCCCUGGAACAUACCUUAAAAAACUUGUGGAACGGAUGCCUCGUAUAUGCCAAGCUGUUGUUAAAGCCAGAGGAGGUUAAAGAAACUUCUUAGAAGAUACUCUUUACACAAUAGUCAUGUUUAUUGUGUUGCAAAUUAUAUUAAUGAAACUAUGGUCUUUUUUUUGUACAAAUCUGAUCUUGUUUCCAAAAUUUUUGGCCUGUAGUGUAGUUGUGAGACUAUUUGCCCACCAUUACUCUGAAUAUCACCAAAGACUUCCAGACAUUUUCCAUGCUCACCAGCGAAGGAUUCGGGAGGCUAGUAAAAACGCAGGGCUGAAGACAGUGUCAGCAGCUCCCUACAAAGAGACUGAGGCUAAAAUUACACAGAGCCAGAAGCAAGCCGAGAGCAGCUCACUCACCACAGAGGGUGGGCUUUAACACAGUCGCCCAGAGAAAAUUGGCUUUUUACUCCAAGUUAUCUGUUUUGAAUUUGAGCUGUAGAUACUGUACAGGGGAUUUAACCAUAUGAUUUUAUCAGACUUAGAUAUUUUUAUAUAUAAAAUAUUCCUUAUUGAUGUGCUUGAAAUAUUUUUUAAGUUUAAAAUAAUUCAACAUAUAUUUCUGUAGACCUGAUAAAUCAGCUUGAGUAUCUUUGUGUUGCUGCUUCAUCCAAGGACAUUGAAGAACUACCGGUGUUGGUUGGCUUAGACACUGUUGGUGGGGUCCUGGCUGUGAGCUCCUGCCUGCAGCAGUCUGUCCACCUCAGUGCUUGCUGAGAAUGAGUGGGAGGAAAAGGAGGGCAAAUUAGAGGAGAAACAGAGCGAGCUAAGAUGACGGAGAGGAGGACAGGAUAAGAUGAAGGUGAGGAAUUGGUGGCUGCGCUCUCUUGCCGACAUGAAACACAGGAGGAUUUCAUCAACUGUUUGAGAGUUUUUUUUAUCUUCACAAGGUUGAUUUAAAGCUGCUGAGAAAACUUUCACUGUGUAUUGAUCGAGGGAGUAGACAUUAAAAGCUGCAGUGGCCUUGUGCUGGUCCCAGACUCUGUAGGUCCAGCCGCACACGUGUAAUAUAACGUGUUUGAUUCUGCUGAGUCAGGCUGGAGGAGCCAGACCUCCAUUAUCAGUGAGCUGGAAAAGCUGCCACCACAUACACAGGCACACACACGCACACAUAGCUCUGACACCUGCCCUUUCUCCCGUCUUGGUGACAGUAAUGGUCUGACAGGUCGGGCUGAACCGCGUUUCUCUUUGGACGAAUGGUUUUGAAGCUUGUGGAGGUCAGCUUGACUCCUUUAAAGAAAAAAAAAAAAAAAAAGACAAGGCAGAUUAGUCCUUUAAAAUCCACCAAAGAUAGAAGGUAUAAAUAUCAGUGAUUUAACCCUUUAGUAAGUUUGGAUGUGGAUCAUUGGUGUACCUGAAAAAAAAAACAGUUAAGAUUUGAGUGCAACUGAAUUAAAGAAAACCAAAAAUAUCAAAGUAAACUGCAAAUGCGGUCACAUUCCUCUCAUUGUUUUCAGAGCCAGCAACUACUGUAUAUACUGCAACAUAUGAUAGAUGGUUUAAGCAGGCUGUUUCAUGACACAUUUAAUUCUUCAAAAAAAAGGUUUUAAAGUAAUGAUUUUUAAACAAUCACACAAACAUCUCUAUAAGUACUUUGACUGGUUCUCUGUCAGAAGAAAUUGACUGAUUCUUUAGCAGAAAAAGAGUUAGCAUGCUCUGAAGUCAGAUACUGUUUUCUUUUCUGUGCAGAAACCUCUCACUGACAGCAUGUCAGUUUGUGGGUCUGCCUUAAUCAAAUGGAGGAUUUAGAUUUUCUUCUUGCUGUUUAAGAAUUAGCAAGGUCUUUGGGACAGGCAUGAGAUGUGUGUUGGUGGGCUGUUGUUGUCCUUUGUUGCCCAACUCUAACUUUGCACACUUGCAUGUGGAAAACAUCAUGUUGCGCCCGUUUAUAUCCAGGAGAUUGUGUUCAUGCUAUGUCAAACCAGCAGGGACCAUCUGAUUCACGAGUCCUUUUGUUUUAGGUUCCUCUUUAAACAGUGAACUUCCACUUUACUUUCAGAACAUGGCAGAUUGGCAAGAGACAAACUAUGCAUUCUCUCUAUUACAAAUCCAGGACACCUACAGGUAAUUCAAUUGUCAGGGGAAAUGGAGCAAUGUUUUUUUUAUUGAAAAUUACAGAAGGGUUUCUGGCAUUUAAAAAAAGAAAGCAAUUCUAGAAAUCAAGUCCACCAAGACUUGAGCUAUAGAUCAACCGCAAAUUUAAAGCCAUGACAGCUCUGGUGAUAGGAGAACAAGAAUUGAUAUUGAGGCUUGUACAGAUCAGGCUUAAUCAACCAUCAACCGUGUUUGUCUUACUGUUUUACAAACCCAAUUCCAAAAAGGUUGAGACACUGCGUUUAUAUUCAUAAAAACAGAUUUUCAAGGUUUCCAAAUUAUUUAAAUUGUGCAAAGAUGACAAAUCAAAUGUCUACAUUGACAAAAGUAUUAUUCUGUGAAAACAUAUUCUUAUUUUUCAUUUGAUCCCAGGAAACCUUUCAAAAAAGUAGGAAAGGGGACAACCAAACACCUGGCAUUGAUAAGGUCAGAUGGUCUCAUCAAUGAAAGUUUUAGGUCGUGUUCACACCUAAAGGUCUGUUUCCUGAUUCAAAUCCAAGGCAAGACGAUACAUUUGUUUUGAUUGUUUAACUGGUCCGGUUUGCGUUCACAAAGGACAAACUCAAUCGCUCCAGAAAACGGAACGGGAAGUCACGUGACCGCGAAUAUCGUUUGGUUAUUGGUUAUUAGUUUAUGCCGGAAUACAAACCCCGCUCUGCUGUCUGAAACUGUCAUGGAGCAUCGUAGGCUGAUUUUGCUUUUGCUACUCAUCUGGAGCGCGUAUCAAAACAUGCCAGUCGAUCGCACGUAUGAGCGGCUCGUUAGCCAGCGAGCGUGAACUGUGGCAUUAAUUAAUACAUUCCAGAGUAGACGUGCUGCAAACAACAGAUGGAUAAAGACAAGACGGCGACAGGCAUUAAUGAGAGCCUACCACCGUUUCCUGUGAUUGGUGUGGAUGAUGUUCACACCAGAAAUGAACCGCUUCAGAGUUCACUUGAUAGUGGUCGGAGACCACCUCUUCAGGUGGACCAGAGUUUGUUUAUUUGGUCCGCACCAGAGUUCGAGGUCAGCGUUCACACCGACCCAAACGAACAGCACCAAGGGGGUAAACGCUCCAGGGUUCGGUUCAACCGGACUAAACGAGGGUGGUGUGAACGUGCCCUUAGAGUCUCUUUGGAUAUCAUGGAAGCUACAUCCUCCAAGGUCAACAAAACCCAGAAGAAAAUGUGUCAAUCACAAAAAAACAUCUGGAGAAACAUCUCACAAUAAAUAAAGCCCUGUAUACAGAUAUAUAGAAAUUUGACCUUCGUUGUGGAAAUCACGGACACCCAGCUCUUAAGAGGAAAGAGACCACCCGACUUCUCUUAUGAUACAGGAAUCAUCAGAGUCCAUGUCACGGGAAGCUUUUUUAGAGUCAAGUUUGUUAAGUAUCUUGUAGUGUAGAUAUUUUUCUGCGGGGGAAAAGUGGUCCAAUUAAAAAAACAUCUCUCAACAGUUAUUGUUUUUGCCACUGACAGGUUUAAAUGAUUGUUUUAAAGUCUCAUUUAUGCCCCCUUUACAUGUGUAAAGGAACUGCCCACAUUAAAUAAUAAUACCCUCAUCCUCUGGCAUGUCAACAUUGGAUUAGACAAAGUUCAUGUACCCACUCAAGGAUGCUCUUAGGCACAGAGGGGACUGAACAGUAUCCAUUAUGCAUGCAUUACAAAAUGCAGCUAUGGGAUCCAGCUGAAAUAAGUAACAUCCCACUGUCUUUGAUAUGAAGCGUACAAAUAUGUCAUCACUACAUUCUCAGCAGUAUAAUAUCCACAGUUUUUGAUUAUGAAUGUAGUUAUGCUGCUGUUCCUUGUGUGAAAAUGUCAAUUUUGUUGUGAAAGUGCCUGAUUGUUUCUGAUUAAGGAGGAACUGUUUCAGCGGAUUUAAGAUCAGUGAUUUAACCCAGGGAUUCCGCAGGAUCCGGAACGGCUCCGCUCCAUUCUGGUCCGACAGGAGGAUCAAAUACUCAAGCAUACACCACCCACCGGAUCCAAUCCGCUGUAGCAAGUGGAGGAGAAGUGCUCGCGAUAUUACCGAUAUCUCUGAAGCUACUGCUCUCCUACAACUUGGUCUUCUUGCUGUCAACAUUUGUCAUUACAAGGUUACAGUGUCAUUUAGCAGACGCUUUUAUCCAAAGUGUAGACAUACAAGAACAAGAACAACUCAAGCAAGGAUCUAGACAGGAAAAAAAAAAGAUCAGUAAGAGGAACAAGUUGCUUCAGGUCCAUUUGGACACAGGUACUACCAAGCAGUAUUCAAGGCAAGGAACAUCAACAAUGAAGCAAUCAUUCAACUUAAGAUCUUUCAUCAUCACCAUCAAUUAACUUGUCUUUACCACAAAAUUACCAAUGUACCAAGUGCUGGGUCACUUAAGCGCUGAACAGAAAUCCCCAAAAUUCCUAAAGUAGAGCAGGGCAGUGCAAGUCAAUUGUAGCUGGAAGACUGAUUCAACCACUGGGGACAACAGUGGAGAAUGGUCCAGCUAAGUGCAUAGUGUUCUCUAAAAAGCUGGUCUUUAGCUGUCUUUUUAAAGUAGACAGGGACUUUCGGAUUGAAUGGAGUUGGGUAAUACAUUUCACAAUUUAGAAACAAGAGAAGAGUCCACCUAGUGAUUUAGGGGCUGUAUGUUGUGCAGCAUUGUGGUUGAGAAGGGGUGUAGACCUGGAUGAGGGAUUCCAGGGAAACAGAGGCAGUUUUCGUUAUUACUUUCUAAGCAAUGAUCAGAGUUUUGAAUUUGAUGUGUGCUGCAACUGGAAGCCAGUGAUGGGAGAUGAAGAGAGGAGUGACAUGAGCUGUCUUAGGUGCUCCUGUGUUUUGGAUUAUUUGCAGAGGUUUAACUGUGCAUGCAGGGAGGUCUGCCAGUAAGGAGUUGCAGUAAUCAAUGUGAUAUUACAAGAGCCUGAGGAGCUGUGUUGCAUGUUUUUUCAGGUAGGGUCUGAUCCUCUUGAUGUUAUAGAGGGCAAAUCAGCAGGACCGAGCAAUUGAGGCAACAUGAACCCUAAAGGUUAGCUGGUCAUCAAUCAUGAAUUCGGGUAGACUUAGAAGAUAUAAGGUCAUGAUCAUCCAAAGUGGAUAUUGAUCUGUGGGUUCACAGUGGGACUGGCUGGGAUAAUAAUGAGCUCAAUCUUGGACAGGUUGAGCUGUAGGUGACGUUUCCUCACCUAUUUAGAGUUAUCAGCAAGGCAGGAUGAGAUCAGAGAUGAGACAGUUGUGUCAUCAUGUGGAAAAGACAAGAAGAGCUGAGUAUCAAAUGCAAAACAGUAAUGGAUGAAGCUGUGGGAGUGGUAAAAUUCAAGUGAUGUACAUUAAAAAAAGGAGGGAACCAGGCACUGAGCCUUGAGGCACCCCUGUUGGUAAGCCAUGCAAAUUGGAAACGUCUCCCCUCCAUGAUACUCUAAAGAUCUCCCUGUGAGGUAGGACUUGAACCACUGGAGGGCAGAACAUAAGAAACCAAGUGAGGAGAGUGUGGAGAGGGGGAUUUGGUGGUUUACUGUGUCAGAGGCAGCAGACAGAACCAGCAGCAGGAGAACUGAGUACUGACUCAUUAUAAUCUGCUUUUGUAAAGAUAACACAUUGAUGUAGAAUUGACUCAAAGGAUUCAGGCUGCUGCACAGAGUUCAGCUGCUGAGCGUACGGCAGCAAAACCUCUGCUGUGCUGCUGUGGUGCAGCUAGCAGGUCAUUUGGUGCGACUCCAGCUCCCACUGAGUGGCCAUCUGGACCACUGAGCUCCUGCACACAGAUAGUAUUUAGAGUCAAUAAUAUCAAAUCAUGGCACAUUUUCACUGCAGGGUCAAGUAAUGCUAUCAGCAAGAAAGAAAGGGAGAUUUGAUGAAGAUUAGGACCAGGAUUUGCCUCACUAUACAGGAGCAAAGUGACUGGACAAGAGAACUGCAGUUGAAUGAGACACUCAGAGGGCUCAGUGUUGUGCAGUGCCGAGUGAAAGGCUUGGAGGGUGACAGACAUUGAUUGACUCAAACACAAAAAAUGAAAUCCUGGAGGCAUUCCAGGUGGAAGCAAGAAGACUGACAGAACAGCAGACUGACUGUUUUUCAGUUCUGAUUAGACACAAGUGUUGAGAUGGUUGUCUGUCAUGAUAGCAUGUACUGAGUCUGGGCCACUACCAGAUAAGCACAUUAAACUAUAAUCCAUAAACAUAAAGGUAACGACCGAGAUAGUGCUGUGACAACAACGCGAUUGAGUUUGAGACAGUGAAAAUACAUAUGGUAUGUUGUAUCUGAACAGGUUAGCUUACAAGCUAAAGGUAAUUAGCACAGAUGAAAGGUAUAACAAAGACGUUUAGCAAACCGUUAAAGCACACAAACUAUCAUCAUAUGAGACAUACAGCGCUAUGACUCUCCACAAGUUGUCCUUCAGGUUGUUAUCUUUGUAAUGUUUGUGUCUUUUAUCAAAAAGCACUCUGUUCUCCAACAUGUAAACAAUCAGCUGGUCGGCCAUGAUGAAUAUACCAGUGAAUGUGACGUCGCAACAACACGCAAUCUGAUUGGUCAGAAGUGGAUACACAGUAUGCAAAACUGUGACCGUGAUACGAAAAAAUAAAUGCCACAAUAUCGCAGGAUGGGGAAAACGUCACUGAUGUAAACGCUUGUGUUGACAGGAUACAGGUUCGAAAAAAAUAUUGACGACCUUACUGUAAUUGAUUAUUUCUGAAGGAUAUUUGUGUAAAAUGAGCGAGAUACUCUGAGAAAUCCUUAAACAGUGAGGACAUGUACCAUGCUCUAAAAUUUUGAACACAAACAGACAAAAAAAGAAAUUGUUAUAAAUCUUUCAUUUUGUCCAUCUCUGCCUGGAGUAAUUGCUGACUUGUUUUGAAUGCUUUCCUGUUGCCCUGUGCUGUAAUGUAAAUGGCUUUGAUAAUAUAUUUUUUUAAAUCAUUGUUUAUUUUAAUAACAAAGAAAUGUCAGUAAGUAACAAGAUAAGCUGACUAGCUGAUUAUCAUUCAGAGGCUCUUAUGGGUGCUUUGAAUGAUUUGUCUCACAAUUUGGGUUUUUGUUUUUUUCUUUUUUAGUUACAGCUGUGAAAACUGCUGACAACCUGCAGCCCCUAGAGGAGAAAGGGGAGGUGUCUAACUCAAGCACUAAAAGUCUAGAAGGCAGGACCAACCAAUAAGCUCCAGUUCAAGACUGAUGUGCCAGCCAAUAGGACUGCUCCAUACUGGUAAAGUUAUUCUUUUUUCAUGUGUGUAUAUGUCAUAUAUGUCAUAUAUGUCAUAAAUCAUAAACUGUAUAUACUAUGGACAACUUGGUUCCGCCUACAGCCUGUAUACGGAUUUGAAGCCAAAUAGCUCUCUGUAUUUCCAGGAUUUUUCUUCAUUUCCUGAAAGUAGCAAUGCGCGCAUUCGGGCACUCAGUCGCUGAGAGUCGCUGUGAUGACGCUCGGCUCAAACAGUGUAUCCCCCGGGAGAGCUACGCAAUCCCUGAACGCCCAUAGGCUGUAUCAGGUGUCAAUCAUAGCAAACAUGACCCCCCUAAUAACUUUUAAAAACGGAGCUUCACAGAAAAAAGAGGACUUGAGCACAAACCAGUCCGACAAUAACUACAUGUCAACAUCACAAGCAGGGGGGAGAAAAAAUUAUGUUCUGUGUAAUAAAUUUCUAAAGUUUGUCCACAGUUCCAUAAGCUUUGCUGGCAGAGAGGGAUUUAUGAUCUAUACUGCAGCCCAUCAACAGAGGGUGCUGUUCUCGGAGUGGCUUCACCCAGCGAGGAGGCAGACUCUGUCCAUUCUUUAUACAGUCUAUGGUAUAAAUGUGAAAAAGGCUUCUCCCUUUCUCUAGAGCACCUACAACCCAUGAUUGAUGAGUGCUUAUGGUGAAUCUUGUCUCUGUCUUUUUCUUUAACCUGUUUCUAUGAACUGAAACGUACAUAUAAAACAUGAUAAAACGGAUAACCCUGAACUUAAUUAUGUAAUCCCAGUGAGUAAACAGUCAAUUUAAAGAGCCCUGUGUUGGCAUAAUGACAAUGAAAAGAGUAGAUAACAAGAUCACUGACUGCAAGCAGCACUCUCAUUUGUGACCACAACACAGUCAUUCGGUAGUUGUACAAAACCCAAUUCCAAUGAAGUUGGGAAGAUGUGUGAAUUGUAAAUAAAAACAGAAUACAAUGAUUUGCAAAUCCUUUUCAACCUUUAUUCAAUUGAGUAUACUACAAAGACAAGAUAUUUAAUGUUCAAACUGAUAAACUUUAUUGGUUUUUUUGCAAAUAAUAAUUAACUCAGAAUUUGAUGGCAGCAACACGUGACAAAGAAGUUGGGGAAGGUGGCAAAAAAUACUGAGAAAUCUGAGGAAUGCUCAUCAAACACCUACUUGGAACAUCCCACAGGUGAGCAGACUAAUUGGGAACAGGUGGGUGCCAUGAUUGGGUAUAAAAGCAGCUUCCCCAAAAAUUCUCAGUCAUUCACAAGCAAGGAUGAGGCGCGGUUCACCACUUUGUGAACAACUGCAUGAGCAAAUAGUCGAAUAGUUUAAGAACAAUGUUUCUCAAAGUACAAUUGCAAGGAAUUUAGGGAUUUCAACAUCUACGGUCCAUAAUAUCAUCAAAAGGUUCAGAGAAUCCGGAGAAAUCACUGCACGUAAGCGACACGGCCAGAAACCAACAUUGAAUGCCCCCAACCCUUGAUCCCCCAGGCGGCGGUACUAUUUCAAAAACCGACAUCAAUGUGUAAAGGACCACAUGGGCUCAGGAACACUUCAGAAAACAUCUGUCAAUAAAUACAAUUCGCCGCUACAUCUGUAAGUGCAAGUUCAAACUCUACUAUGCAAGGCGAAUGCCGUUUAUCAACAACAUCCAGAAACACUACCGGCUUCUCUGGACCCGAGCUCAUCUAAGAUGGACUGAUGCAAAGUGGAAAAGUGUUCAGUGGUCUGAUGAGUCCACAUUUCAAAUUGUUUUUGGAAAUAGUGGACGUCGUGUCCUCCGGGCCAAAGAGAAGAAGAACCAUCCAGACUGUUAUCAACGCAAAGUUCGAAAGCCAGCAUCUGUGAUGGUAUGGGGGUGCAUUAGUGCCCAAGGCAUGGGUAACUUACACAUCUGUGAAUGCAACAUUAAUGCUGAGAGGUACAUACAGGUUUUGGAGCAACAUAUGCUGCCAUUCAAGCAACGUCUUUAUCAUGGACGCCCCUGCUUAUUUCAGCAAGACAAUGCCAAGCCACAUUCUGCACGUGCUACAACAGCGUGGCUUCGUCAUAAAAGAGUGCGGGUACUCGACUGGCCUGCCUGCAGUCCAGACCUGUCUCCCAUUGAAAAUGUGUGGCACAUUAAGAAGUGUAAAAUAAGACAACAGAGACCCUGGACUGUUGAACAACUGAAGCUGUACAUCAAGCAAGAAUGGGAAAGAUUUCCACCUUCAAAGCUUCAACAAUUAGUCUCCUCAGUUCCCAAAUGUUUAUUGAGUGUUGUUAAAAGGAAAGAUGAUGUAACACAGUGGUAAACAUGCCCCUGUCCCAACUACUUUGUCACAUGUUGCAGCCAUGAAAUUCUGAGUUGAUUAUUUGCAAAAAAAUAAAUCUAAUGUGUUUGAACAUGAAAUAUCUUGUCUUUGUAGUGUAUUCAAUUGAAUAUAGGUUGAAAAGGAUUUGCAAAUUAUUGUAUUCUGUUUCUUUUUUUAUUUAUCACAAUUUCCCAACUUCAAUGGAAUUGGGUUUUGUAGACUGUCUUGUUGUAGUGUCUAAAUAUUCAAACAAAUAUCCCGAAAAACAAUUAAAGGAAAAACUGUUGGCUAAUUUCAGACGCCUCUCUCUUCAGCUCAAACUGUCUGUGUGUGACUGAUUUUCAGAUUUGCAGCCUUAGAGAUAACUUCAGAUUCAGAAACAGUCUCUCUUUACAGAGGAUUUGCUCAUGGUGCUGCUCUGUUUAGCUGUUAGGUCUGUCUGUGUGUGAAUUAAACUGCAGUCUUUAGUCUCUGUAAACAGAAACAAACAGUGACAGCUGACUCUUAUAUGAAUGAUCCCUUUCAAGGUUGAACAUUCAUUCUUAGAUCAGCAUUAUGUUAACAAUAAUUUCCAACCAUCAGCAAGCAUGUCCUUGUCUGUAAGGGACGUGUAUUUCCUACAGCUCCAUGAUAUGCAAUAUGUAAUGUUAAUAUCACAUCACCAUACUGUAUGUGUCACGAUAUGUACCAGGAGAUGAUAUAUAACACAAUAAGAUAUCAUAUGUGCCACAAUAUAAAUUGUAAUCAUUGUAGUAAGAGUAAGGCAAGUUUUGAGGUUCCUUCAACUUAGAAAAAGUGUUUUCAAACAGUUAAAAGCGUUUAUUGAAAUAAUUAAAAGCUUUGUGGUUUAACUGCAUAUAUCAGUAAUAUGAGGAGCAUUUCAUUACAAGUACACACCGUGCAUAAUUCUUUUCCUACAUGGUUAUUUCUAAUCAUUUUAAGUGAACCCUUAAAUAGUGUUUAUAACUCCCAAAGUAGUCUUAUUUAUUCUGGUCGACCCCCCUUCCUAACCCCUGCUCUCUGCACACGUCUGUGCUUUCUUCCCUCUCUGUGUCUGUUUGUUUCUCUUCCUCAGUACCAGCAGAAUAUUUCAUAUGGAACAAACUGAGUUUUUGCAGCACAUGAGCAAUAUGUGAAGGAUUGUUGUUAAAUUAAUAAUACAGCAUUUCAAAAAUGAUCAAAAGAGUGUUUUUCUGAAGGGCAUCAGAAAUUUCUACGAACUCGGGCUGUCAUUAUAUCAGAUUUUCACCUCACAUGGCCAAAAUAUAUGCUAAUAAUAAAAUUAUCACUAUGGAAGACGAGAACAGCCAUGGAUUUUUCUUUCCUUUUAUACAAUGUUAUCUCGUGAUUAGGGAUGGAAAUUGUUAACAAUUUAGGGAUUCCAAUUCCAUUUUCGGUACUGAUACUAUUCCUCAUUGAUUCUCAUUGAGUGAGAGAUAAGAUAGUACAAAUGGAUUUGUUUGCAUUAACUCUUUAAUAUUGUCACAGUUGGACAGAGGAUAUGGCAUAUCUAUGCACUAAUAAUUUGUGAUUUGACCUACCCUUUGACCACAGCUGUGACAUUCGUUUAUCUUCACCUCUGUCAUUUUACUCUUCCCUGCCUCGAUGAAAGGGGUUGCCAAAGGUGUGUGAGAGCUACCCUCUGCAGCCUCUGAGCUAGCAUGACUCUGGCAGUCAUCAUCAUUUUAAUGUGAUUUAAAAAGAUGUAGAGUAUUUCUAUAGUGAAAGGGUGUUAACAUGGCGCUAACAUCUACACAACAGACAGGACUUGGAGGAGUUAAACAUUACCUUCAGUAUUUAAAGCAGAUGAUGCCGAGACAUUAGCUCCAUUCCUGCUUUUGCCUAUAGCGGUCUUGCCUUCACUUGGUAGCGUAUCAAAUACGUUACACAAAUUAAUUGUAUGCUGGGUGGAUAAAUAUUUCUUCAUAUUGGAAGUAUUUCCCCCUUUUGACAAAAUUUGCAAUUUUGUAAAAAGUAGCCCCGGUAUCAUCUUUUCACAUGAAAUACAGCCAUACUCUGGAGUGCUUUUGCUGGAAAGUUCUGAACCAAAACACGCUUCUCGCGGACUAUGUCAUCACGCAUCAAAUUAGUGGUGGGGGAUAUAUCAAAUAUACUCAAUAUAAAUUGACAUGUAGGCUUUAUGUUUUAAGGCUUCAGUAUGCAACUAUCUUUGGAGUUUUGAUCCUCUCACUCUCCUGCCACUCUUCUCACAGUAAGCAGCACUCUCCCCCACCCAACUCUCCUGCGCACAUGCGUGUUGUUUCUUAAGGAAAGGAGGGAGACGAGCAUGGAGAGAGCGAACAAAGUUGAGACCCCAGGCAAGUUUACGAGUUACUACAAGGAGGGAGGGAUGGAGAUUGACGACUUGGUGCCGAAAAAACACAGCACUGGCUCUAUCAUCCUGCAGUGGUUCGGGUUUCGCCAGGAAGACAUGGGGAAAAAUACAGUUAUCUGCAAAGUAUGCCGCAAAACCAUAGCCACCAAAGGUAGCAGUACCACAAACUUAUUUCACCACCUGAAAUGCCAUCCACUACAAAACGAAGAAUGCAUCAGACUCAGUAUGUCCAUGUCUCUUCCUACACCACAUAAACCGUCACAGAAAACGGCACCGAAGCAAAUGACGCUGUCCUCUUCAUUUGCCAAUUCAGUCCCACUGACAGAAAAAGUCAGAGAUGGAAAGACAUCACGGCCGCAGUGACAAAAUACAUCGCCAAAUGAUCUUUGUUAUGUUGAGAUACUUAGAUAAUAAGUCAUUAUCAUGAGAUAACAGUAAAUAAAAAAAGAUAAAUCCAUGGCCGUUCUUGUCUUUACUACAUCGCUAUAUUCAAAGUUAAAAUUUAGAACAACCCAGUAAGAAGAACAACAGCAGAGUCAAUUUACAGCAAAUGGGACAGGCUGGCCUUCCAUUAUUAAGUUUAUAGUUUGACAUGGCCACAUCUUUUUUUAGAGAAAGUGUGUAUAUUUUACCAACUGUACGUGUGUGUGUCUUUGUGUCUGUGUACACACUACAGGUACAAAAGGAGUAGGUAUCAAGGAGAACACACAGUGAACCAUAUAAGGUUAUAGUUCAUUCAGAUAGAACAACAUAUAAUCAUCCUAGAUCUCCAAACAAACACACCAAUGUUUUUUUAACUAAUCAAUCAGGAGGGAUUACACAGCAGGCUAAUCAGUUACUGUCUGAAGCCUGUGUCACAUCGCUGUUAAUGCACAACUCUCUAAAAAGUAAAGCAUAGAGUGUGUUUCUGUGCGUUCUAGCCUGCUGAUAAGUCAAGUGUCUGUGUUUAUAGGGAUGGCAUGCUCUGACUCUGUUGCAGGCCUCCCUAUUACUGCUGGCAGCUGAUCAGAUGAUGUUUUGUCAUGUGAAAACUGAGGUUUGUUGUGUUGCAGAAAUAAUUUUCCCAUAUGCUGCAAUGAGUUUGAGUUAUACACAUGAGAAUAGAAGUGGAAUACUAGUUUUCUUCCUUUACAUGGUCAGGGGUCGUGUCCUGUCUGAGAAGAGCACAUUGUGAGCUGAGAUGAGCGCCAAUUAACCAUUUCGCACAACCCCAAAUAAAAAAUUGUAAACUUUAUGUGUUUUAAAAAAAGGUUCUUCUAGAUAAAAUCCUAGCAGUGAUUCAUAGAGAUUAAGACAUCCUGUCAUACCUUAGUCGUUUUUCUGUUUUAAGCUAACUUUAAGCUAGAGCUAGAAUUAGCAAACAUGGAAGUUUGGGGCAAUAUGUCUCAGUCAUUUUGGGAAAAGUUGUCACAUGUUUAAAAGGGAUUAGAAUUAACAUAAUGGGCUCUAUUUUCAUGCUUCGCCGAAGACAAGGCACAGGCGUGGCAUAAGUCAGGUCCGCCGCGCCGACAAGGCGUUCCCAAGCACAAUUUGGUAUUCUGGUGAGCGGCGCAGCCCGGCUUAAGUAUCCCCCCUUCCUAACUCAGCUCCUCCCAGCGGCGUAGGUCGUAGCGAGGGAGGAGAGAGGGCAUGGAGUGGGUUUAACACAGCCGAGACCUGUUUUCACCAAUAACAUCGGCUCCUCUCCCCGACUUUAAAUUCGCCACUGGCGAGGCGUAUUACUAUUUUUGUGAAGUAGUCAAAGAGAUCAAGAGAUGUCUGAAAACAGUAAUGCCACACAAUGGCGACAUAAGGCAGCCCCUCAACAAGUGUAGCUGUAAGUGCUGCAGUGCUACACUCUCUCAUAUGAGCACAGAUGGAUUUGGUGUGUGUAAUGUUGGACCCACUAGUAAGACAAACACCCUUUUCCACAAAUAAAGACACUCACAUAAAGUUGCAUAUAUUUAAACCUCACGUGACAAAGGUGGGUUGUGCGCACAGAUCACAUCAUAAACUCCAAUAACGGCAUUAAAAUCGGAACCAUCUGUGCGUAAAUGACGCAUCGCGCUCCGUGGCCUGGCUCUUUCUUUCAUAGAUGUUGGCAUAUAAAAUAAAUUUGGCUCACAAAACUGAAUAUUAUAAUAUUUGUAUGUAGGCUUAAAGUAAAUAACUCAUCUGAUCACUGAAAUAUAUCAUCUGUUCACCCGCAGCAGCUGCAGCUGCAGCAGGACAGGGAGAGGACACUGAGACAUGUCCAGGUCGAGCUGCGUGAGAAAUAAGAGGAAGAAAGAAAAGGAGGGAGACGAAUUUCAUAUCUUGUUAACUUCAUCAAGUGUCUCUAUUUAGUAGAUAUUUAAUUGAAUUUAAUGCGGUUUCAGCUGUGUUCAUUCGGUCAGGUUGUGUGUCCAAACGCGUGCCAAACGCGCUCAUCAGAUCAGAUAUAGAUCAGAAUAUAUCGAUAUAGAUCUAAAUGCAUGUGCUGACUCAGAAUAUUAAUUGUUGUUGAUUAUUUAUUGCACUGAAAUGUGCCGAUACGCCACCGGUCAACCAAAAUACCACUAGACCAGCUGUGCUCUGCCUGCACUGAAAGCUGACCAGGUUUGAACCGGCGAGCUUUCAGCGCACUUUAUACGCCACCGGCGAGCAAGAAAUGUCACUGCGCCAGCUGAUUCUGUCGACACCUCCCCCUGCCACGCCACCACGCCCAGCUUGGCGGACCUCGGUGUGCCUCAGUCCACAAAAAUACCUAACUGGCUGUACGCCGGGCUCCGCCAGACGAAAAUAUCACUGCGCGGGGUCCGCCACCCUUCGUCGCCUCACCACCAUGAAAAUAGAGCCCAGAGAGUCUGUUUAUCAGCAGUUGUCACAUUGAAAUUUUGACUAUAUUUUUACAGAAAAAGAGUGGUUUAAAGGAGAGGAGAAAGCGAGAAGACAUGGUCUUCUUCAAUUUCAAAAGAAAAACAAAACAUGGCACUGCAGUACCUGACGUGAUGCUGAGUGCAGUCAGACAGGUGACCCUAGCUAAUAAAUCAAUCUGGAGGAAAAUAAAGGACUUUAACGUCAACUACCAUACCUUGGCUCAGUACUGCAAAACAUUCACCCCAGCCGAAAUACAGUCAGACAGAUCUCCAAACCCCAGAGCAUGUUGCUGAAUAAUUUAUGUCAAUGUUUGUUCAACGGCUAUGUUCAACGACCUUUUCUAACUUAAUGAUAAACAUUUUCUGUGCCUGACUUUGAUGUUCACUUUCAAGUAAAAAAUGAGAACAAUAAUUUUGUUUUAUUAGCUGCAAAAUCCACUGUGACAUCUUACCCCGUGUAGUGAGACAACUUACCCGAUGGUGGGGCAACAUGUCACAUGUUCACUCUCUUUGUUUGAUUGAUUAUAACUCUGCACUGACACAAGAUAUGAAAAUGACAUGAAUACAAAAUAUAUACCUGAGACUUUGGUCUUUUAUCUGGUACAUACGUUUAUAUAUGAUGUAUUGAUUCCAAGAAAUAUGUUAAAGUGUAAAAAGUGUGACAACAAGCCCUGGUCUCCCCUAUGAGUUAAUGCCAAUGCCACUGUUUAAUUUAUCAAAAGGUGUAGCAUGAGUGCCAUCUGAUGGAAGAAGGCAACUUCAGUGUUUAGUUUUGUAAGUGAGGGGAAAGGGGAUUACAUGCAAACAAAUAACAGUUAAUUAACAUAAGGUAACAUCAAACAAUGAGUGUGGUCUAGACCUGCUCUUCUGGAAAGCGUCUUGGGAUAACGGCUGCUGUGAUUUGGCGCUGAAUAAAUAAUAAUUGAUUGACUGAACAUGUAUCCCUAUCCAAGCACAUGAAUCACAAGAGUAGCAUCAAUAAUGGCCGUUUUAACCAGUUGGUAGGCUGUGGUUGCCUGUAGACUGACUCACUGAAAUGACUCACUCACACUUUAAACCAGUGGUUCUCAAGUCCAGUCCUCGAGGCCCACUGUCCUGCAUGUUUUGGAUGUUUCCCUGCUCCAACACACCUGAUUCAAAUGAUCAGCUCGUUAUCAAGCUCUGUAAUGGCUUAAUAACGAGCUGAUCAUUUGAAUCAGGUGUGUUGGAGCAGGGAAACAUCCAAAACAUGCAGGACAGUGGACCUCAAGGACUGGACUUGAGAACCACUGGUUUAAACAGAGCUCCAUAAAUGUGGUCAGAAACACCUGAGGACUAACUGCUCUGACAUUACAGCCGAGAUACUGUGAAUAUAGCAGAACGAUUCAAAGAUUCAUCUGACAGUGUGUUGAUUAUUUCAUAGGUAUUCCAUGUUGUUAUCAGUCAGUGCAAGAGACUUAAGUGUAUCAACACCCAUGACUCACACACAAAAAAUCCACCUCAGUGAGGGGACUGUGGUGAUAAAGAGUCAAGCAACCUCUGCCCAACAUGCUGCCGACACAGGAAACAGAGAGAGCAAGAGGCCUUUUGUGUGUGUGUGUGUGUGUGUGUGUGUGUGUGUGUGUGUGUGUGUGUGUGUGUGUGUGUGUGUGUGUGUGUGUGUGUGUGUGUGUGUGUGUGCGUGCGUGCGUAUGCGUGUGUGUGUAUCUUUUCUCUUGCUUCUUGGCUGCACGCCCAGAGGUGAUACGCUGUAGAGGGAUCUAAAAUGAGGGAAACGGAGAAGCUAAAAAUGGUUUGUGCUAAAACAGCCACAGACUGUCUCAAAACGUUCAUCUCAAAAAUUGAAGCCAAAACAUCUCGAUCACCUCAUUGAGUUUGGAUUAUUCAGCCCUUCUCUACUGUUUUAAAGGUUCAGUAAAAAACAAAAACUUACCAAACACCUGACAGUCUGUUUCAGCUCAGUCUGUAUAUGGGAGGUUGAUCCACAGUGUCUCUGCUUUCCUUCUAGGGCACCCCUUGUAUUUUGGCCUGCUAGAAGUCAUGCAGGUGACUGGUUAUCUGAUUAUUUUCUUUGCCUUCGGUUUACAUGUGGUGUAUCACAGGACGGUAUGUGAACAUGCACAGUGAAGAUAAGCUUUGGUUCUGGCUCGAUCAGGUGAUUCAGCCGGAUUGUUGUCCUUGUCACAGUUUACCUGCACUGAGCAAGAACUGAUUUAUUGACAGAAGCAUGUUUGCCUCUGCUACAGUAGGUGAAGACAUGUCCUCUUUCAGGUCAUUGCUGUAAGGUCGACCUCCAGUUGAUGUAUUUCGUGUCAAAACAGCCAGCAAAAUUGGUCAUGUUCAAACAGUAGGGCAGAACUCUGGCCUGUUUUAGUCCGAUUACUCUGCCAAUUUUUUAAUUUUUUUACGAAGUUAUAAAAAAAAAAAUAAAAAAAUACUGUAGAAAUCUAGUAUACUAUAUACUGGAGAUAUACUGUAGGUUUCUAUUCUUCACGCUGACAGGAAGACCGACUGAUUAUCUCAGUAAUAAUCCACGUAUUUAUCAUGAAUCAAACUUGGACCAGAAAAGCGUUUUCAUCUACCCCUCCGCCGAUCGGUGCCUCCGUGUCUUAACUCACAUUACACAUUUCUGGUCCAGUCUCAUCUGGAGACAUGUAGCUCCCCCAUAAAGAGAAGUAGCUAGAUCACGUAAUGUGUACUGUUGUUUAUUCUACCGUUACUGGCACGGCUAACAGUGUAGCAAGGCUAAUAGCAGGUGGCUAACUCUAACUUUAGCUUGCAUAUUACAUGGUGCUUCACCGUUAACUCAGCAUGACUGAGACCAGCACAGUGGGGAACAUCGUGAAGUGAGCUGAACUGAAAUUUGUUGACUUAUUGUGUAUUUCACAAACUGGUUUAUUUACCAUUGAGGCGGACGACUCUCUUCUGUGCCUCCCUGAGCUUCAGAUCCGUCGCUCUGCUGUGCUGUGAGGUAGUUAGUGGAUGAAGAUUGUCACGAGGUCACUGCGCCAUCAACAGGAUAAGUCGGGGGAUCUUUCAAAUGGCGGAACAUUUUCUAAGCAUUUUAUUUCUGAAAAUAUCGGCGAAAAUCUGUGAGUUUUGGCCGAUUACCGAUUAGUCUCAAAUGGGCUAAAAUUGGCCGAUUUAAUCGGUCGGGCCCUAGUAUAAAUGACAGAGAAAAUCACUCCCCAACCUCAUGAUUCAAGUGUGUUAGUCUGACUGUGAGAAGUUGAUUUAGAGCGAUUUCACUCAGACUAAUGUAUUUUUAAAGAGUCCAGUUUCAGUCGGACUGUUGCAAUAGAUCAUUUUUUAAUGACUUGUAUUUAUACUGAUAAAGCCAUUGCACAUAUGUAAAUAAGUGUUUCUUAGCAAGCCUUGCCUUCAUAAUUUUUAAAAGGGAAAAAACAACCAGACUGAGUAGAUGACGAAAACAAAUUCUAACUAUUUAGGACAAAACAUAGUUUAUAAACACCUAAAUUAAAUACAUGAAAUAAAAUAAGACAGCUGGAGACUGAUUUAACUCUGUGUGUUGGUUCUUCUGUGUGAUGAUCUACCCACUGUGUCUUAUCUGAGCCUGUAAAGAUGAUACUGAACAUGUCCCAUCUCUAUGGGCUCCCUCAGAAGUAUGGGACAUGCUGCACCACCUUUAGCCAUAGACUUAAGGGGUCUUUUUUCAUGCUCCAGGUACAUUAGGUUGGACGUAGUGCAACCGGUGCAAGACGGCAGCCGUAUUUAAGCUUCAGCUUUUUACAACAAGAAUAGUUCCUUUUUUUGAUUGAACAGCUAACACCAACAGAUAGAGGAUGUGUACAGACUUUAAGGGAGGGUACAUGCGAUUGAAACAUGAUUGAUCUGAGUGAUCCUUCGGGCCACAUCUGAUUUCUUCCAAACACAAUAAAAAUAGACAUUAAAAUUAACAACAGCAAGAUGUUUCCAGAGAGAGACUCAGCCUAGAGGCACCCAGACUGAGAGCUCCUCACUCUCUCAUGACUGUCAUGUGAUCAUAAAGAAACAGACUGAGACAGAAAGAGAAAUGUGGACUAAUCACAGCAGCUCUUCACCAUCUGCUUCAGCGUGCUGUGUGUAAAAUGAAAUCUGCUCAUAAAGACCAAUAUAAAGUUUUCUUCCUGCAGGUGAUCAGAGAGAAGAAAUGAAGAGAGUAUGUUAGUACAUUUUUUAUCUGCUCUCCUCUCCUUUCUUUGUGUGGUUCUGCAGGAAAUGAGCUGGACACAUGUUCCUAAUCCAAAUGAAAUCAGUCCUCCACUCUGUGUGUGUGUGUGUGUGUGUGUGUGUGUGUGUGUGUGUGUGUGUGUGUGUGUGUGUGUGUGUGUGCGUGCGUGUGUUUGUGCUUUAUCUUUGUUGUGUGUUUUUGGUGAACUAGAAACAUAUGGUCCUGUUCAGAAAUCGCUCAAUGCAUUAUUCCCACAGAGUCCUGGAGUUGUUUCUGCCUCAGAAAAGAAUCAGAUAUGGUUACAGGAUGGUACUGGAUAAAAAAAAAAUCACAAAAAUACUGCAUGUUUUUUUUUUUCUUCCUGUAGCUCAUAUUUAAUAAGGGCUGCAGGGGGUUUGAAGACUUAAUAUUGUAUUGUUUGCUCUCCACUGCUGGAGACACAACAUGAACUACAACAGGCAGAGUUAGAGGAUCUCUUCAAAGAAGAGCUAUUUGUUGAUGUAACAUCCGUUUCUAACAAGAACCAGCUGUUACAAUGCUCCCCUCAAAGACUCGGGCUCCAUUGAUGAAAACAGGAACUAAGACAACAUGUCAGAUGCUAAAAAUGAAAAGAACAUGGUUGAAUGUAAAAUCUUUGUUUCUUAAAAGGUAGCAGAUGUUUCUCCUAAACCUGUAGAUGUUGUUCAGCAUGAAUGGAGCCUUCACAGAUGUGGAAGAUACCCAUGACAUGGACUCUGAUGAUCCACAUACCAUCAGGGAAGCUGGAUUUGAACUGGGAGCUAAGACCUAGCCAGGUGGCCCCUCUAGUCUUUAAAAAGAAGGAUGCAGCAUCAAUGAGUUCCAAAAAGAAUGUCCGACUUUGAUUGUUCAGACCACAUCACAGUUCCCCUUUUCCCCUUCAGUCCAUUUAGAUGGACUCAGUUCCAGAGAAGUCACUGGUGUUUGUGGAUCAUGUUAAUAUCGGAUUUCCAUUUUGCAAGUCUCAGAUUAAAGGUCCUUUCACACUGGGACCGUUUUUAUCGUGUGAUUAUUUCGGACGUCAAUAUUUUUUUUCGAACCCGUAUACUGUCAAUACAAGCGUUCGCAUCAGCGACGUUUUCCCGUUCUGCGAUAUUGCGGCAUUUAUUUUUUUCCGAUCGUGGUUGAUUUUUCUAAAGUUUCACAGACUGUGUGUCCGUUUCUGACCAAUCAGAUUGCGUGUUGUUGCGACGUCAGAUUCACUGGUAUAUCCAACAUAUCCGACCGGCUGAUUGUUUACGUGUUGGAAACAGAGUGCAUUUUGAUAAAAGACACAAAUAUUACAAGGAUAACAACCUAAAGGACAUGUGGAGAGUCAUAGCGUCGAAUUUCUGAUAUGACGAUGUUUUGUGUGCUUUAACAGUUUUAAACUUCUAAUUUAACUUUCAUCUGUGCUAACGUAAGCUAACGCUUGUUACCAUAGUUUCAUGUUCUUAUCUGUUACUGGCCCCGACUCAGUACAUGCUAUCGUGACAGAAAGCCAUCUCAACACUAGUGUCUAAUCAGAACUGAAAACAAUCAGCGACCGUGGUACAGUUUCAGCUCCGGAACCAAGCAGUGAAACUCACCAAGUUCUCUUCUUUUUUGUAAUUUUUGAUGCACCCAUGUGCUACAUUUAUUUUUCUUUUGAGAAAGCAAAAGGAGUACCAAUUCACCAUUACUUGAAGUUGAAGUAGACUCCAUUUUUGUCCUCUCACUUCUACCCGGGACGCUGGUUGUUAAGGGAAGGUCCCGCCCUUCUUCGCCUCUGAUUGGCUAUAAGUGCUGACCGUUUGGCUUGAGCGUGUGAUGACGUUUCCAGCUUUUCUAGCUAAUCAGAGGCCAAGGAGGCGGGACUUUCCCCCGGAAAAGUCUUACCCAGGAUGCGUCUUUUUCCCCCCGUAAAGUCACAAAAUCGCAUCGGGCUUGAUGUGUAUAGUCAGGCACGUCAAAAUUCGCCUCUGAAUAUUUCGUAAUUUCACGUUCUAUAUUCGUGUCGGCCCUUGUGAAUGUGUAAGGACCUUUACCUCAUUGAUGGAUGUAGUGAUGACCUGUGGUCACAGACAAAGGAUUUUUAGACCCACUCACAAGUCUAAUUCUAAUAUUUUUACACUCAGUCUUGUUCCUAACCUGUUGGAAAUUCACCUCAUUAGUCGGAGAUGCUCCUCCACCUGUUUGUUUUAGUAUAACACAGCUUUUUACAGCUUUGACAUCUCCCCUAACAACUUUAUAUCUGUUUAGUUGUUCCUUUAACAAUCUCCUACCUGUUUGGUUGUUCCUCCAACAACUUUUUACAGACAUUGAAUUUAAAAUGAGGAGAUAUUUUUAACAUUCAAUUUGUUGUCUUCCAGCAGGCCUUUGUUGCUCACAGCUGACCAGGAUUGUAUCUUGUCAUGUGUUGAUGCAGUAAUGUUGCAGUGCUCUUGUCUGUCCCUCGACUGUGCUUUUUGAAAAGGUUCAAAAUUGUCCAAUAUUGUGGCUUCAACUUUCAUAGCUUGCCACCACCCUUUUGUUUCGUUUGUUUAUUAUGAGUCAUCAGCUUUAUCGUGUGGCUUGGUUCCUUAUCCCGUUCACUUGCCUUAUUUUGAGCAAUACCAGAAGUUGCUAAACUGUCAUCAUAAGAUGUGCUGCAGUACAGAGUCUGUAACAUUUGUAUUGCUGCACAUCAGUGUUUUUUUCGUUGACAAUGACGUGAAUAUAUGUUUAGCGUUUGACUGACAAAAUGCUCAUGAAUUUUGCAACUCUCUUCAUCGUUUUCGUCUAGUCUUUGUCUCAUCAACGUAAACGCACAUUUGUCUCGUCACAUUUAGGCAUCUAAGACUUAUGUUUAGCUCGUCAACGUCACGUCUUCGUCGUGGAAAAAAAAGGGGUUCGUCAAUGAAAACAACAUUGCUGCACAGAAUGGUAAUGUGUGUGUGAUCUAUUUUUUAAGCAGAACCUUCAUAUGGAUAGAACUGUUUAUAGGGAGUGGUGGAUUUGAUAAAAAUUUGAAAAAAAAUAGAAAAUUAUUGCAAUAUCAGCUUCUUUCUUUUUAAAGGGAUCCUUCAUACAGUGAUGUCACCACACACAAACUCUUUUACUUUGAAAGUGCACAUUUGUUGGUGAGGAUUUUCUGCUGCAGCUUUUAUAGCCUUUGACUGAAGUAAUCUAGAGUACAUUUUAUUCCAAAACCUUGUGUCCCUGUGAGUCAUUUCGACCUCAAACACUCUAAAACAGAGAGCGGGUGGAAGUGUUUGUCAGCCAUCAGACAUAUUGUGUGUUUAGUUCUCUUUUCUUUACUUCAUCACUGAGCUGUGUGUGAGGGAGAGUGUCUGUUUAUUAGUCCUCGAUAUUCCUGCUAUUGUUGCUAGGUGCAUGAUGUCAUAUCCUAUCUCUAACCCUAUUGGCUGUCUCUCUUUCUUUGCUUUUUGUGCAGCCAGUUGAAGAGAGAGCUGGAGCGAGGGUGGAGAGGCGACCAGGAUUUUCUUUCCCACCAUCCUCUGUGUUUGCAUCGGCCCUGUGGAAGCAUUCGUCCACACCACUGCACUGAAACACACUCAUAAUCUCUGUCCUUCUUCCCGUCCUGUCACUGCUCUCCUUCUCUCUCUUUCUAUCUGUCAGUCUGUCCAUUAUGGUCGAUGAACAGGUCAGUAGAACCUAAGCACCACGGACCAGCAGACUACACUCCAUGCUGACUUUUAGAGCGGCUAAUACAGAUUAUCUUCCUUAGGCGAUGCCGGAGUUCAUCUAACAACAGUCCUUCACCCGGCCCCCAGCCCAGACCCCCGCUCAGUCCCACAGGGUCCCACAGGCCAUGAGGAGGGCCAGGGGCUUCAUCUCUUUCUGAACUCUCUCUUGUCCACCUUGUGUCUUCAUGUUUUGGGGGUCUCCUGCUGCCCCCGCCCUCUGUCAGCCCCCCAGCACUCGCUGCCACCACGGCCGACCACCCCAGUCGCCUUGUUGCCAUGCCGACAGAGACACUGGCUCCAGCCCUGCCAGAUAGCAAGGCCGCUGGCCCCGCAACACCAUUCAGCUCAGCUGUACCCCUUCGCAUCCUGAAUAAAGGCCCUGACUACUUCAGGAGACAGGUACUGUUACAUUAGGGGACCAGCUGGGCUGUUUUGAGUUUUAUUUUGAAAAGGUUAUAGGAAAUACUGUGGUGCAUAUCCAGCUCUACUGUUUACUCUUGCAGGGUCUAACCUCUGCUGUUCAAACUGGAUCAAAAGAGCGAUCCCCUAAAUAAGACAUCCAAUAACAGAUCAACUUUUUGGAAUUUCCCCCUGUGGGACUAUUAAAGGAACAUCUUAUCUUGAAAACAGUGUUUGUGGAGGAUCUUUUCAUGGAUCUUCACCUGAGCUGCAGGAAUCCCAGAAACAGUUUAUUUCUAGGAUUGUAGGAUCCCUCAUAGUUAUGCUGGUUCUGAUUCUGCACCUCAAUCCCGCUAACUGUGGCUCACAUCUUCCAAUAAGACUCUGACCAAUCCAAGCUACAAAUCUGUACGUGAAGAAAUGACACUCAACUCAACUUUAUUUGUAAAGCACUUUACAAACAACCACAGCUGGACAAAGUGCUGUACAUAAAUAGACAAAACAACACAGACAUAAAAAAACAAUCAAAAAACAAUUAAAACAAUGGAUAAAAUAAAAGUAGAUAUUGAAAACUAAAAUAUAGUUUCAAUGUUUUUAAAAACUAGUUUGAAAACAUAGAAACAAAUAACUAUAAACAAACCAUAAAACACAAAAACAGGAGCUGGGUCUCAUGCAGGGUUGAAAGCCAAUGAAUAAAAAUGGGUUUUAAGACGAGUUUUAAAAAUGGACAGUGUGAAGGCUUGUCGGAUUUGGAGGGGUAGCUUGUUCCAUAAUUUGGGGUCACAACAUUAAAAGAUCUAUCCCCUCUGAGCUUCAGUUUGGACCUCGGUACCUCCGGGAGCAGCUGAUCAGCUGAUCAGCUGACCUGAGGCACCGAGCAGGGGUGUAGGGGUGGAGAAGCUCAGAUCUGAGCGCAGGAUUCAUAGUACAAUAGGACACAUGUGAGAUCUAUGAAAGGGUUCGUAUCUGACCAAUCCCAGCAUAUGUAUGAUCGGGUCUUGAUAAAUACGGCGGCUGAAACCGAUCGUCAUUAACAUGCCACACCCUUAAAUAUACAUGGGUCAGAAGCCUUGCCCUCUGAGGUCAAACAUGGAAGAAGAGAAAUAUUAGAAAGAUUCGAAACUUUUCCGAGCUGAAAGUGGAUAUCCUCACAUCUGUGGUGGAAACUAACAAGGAUUUUUCUCUUUGGAAGCAUCAAAACUGGAAUAAAAGCAGUCCAGAAAACUCCUGUCUGGAGCAGAAUUAUGGUGGCGGAAUAGUGGACAGUGGCUGAGGUUUGAAUAGAUCAUUAGUCAAUAAGUUGCUCAUGAUGAUAAAUUAAUAUCUCAUACAUGCCUCAUGUUUUUUUAUUGCCAUGACAUAGGGUACAUUGCUCCUAUUACUGAAAGUAUUUAGUUUUAAUUUGUUGCGUCUUUGUAAUGUAGAGCAGACUGGAGAGUCUGACAGAGGCUGAACAAAAAUAAUUAUUAACGUCAUUAAACUGUGUGUUGCUGCCCCUGAGGCACAUUUUUAUGGAUUUCUAUGGAUUUUUAUCACUGAUUAAAUAACAAGAGCACUUUCUAAACUUAUACUUUACAUAUCAGAAUCCAUUGAUAAGGUCCUGUCUCCUCUGUACAGCACCUUUGUGGAGUCUCUCCUCGUUAUUGUUCUCCGAGCAUCGGGUCCUCACGUUGCACCGGCACAGCCAGGGAAUUUUAGGGGAACACAAAUGCACAUGGCUCAAACUGGUUCAAACCAUUUCUUGAUUCCCAUCCCUAGAUUCAGGUCCAUUCUUGUUUGGCUGAAAUCAUCAUAUUCUUUGACACUUUUAAUUUGGCCGUCUUAUGUUUUGCUUAACCACCACCACCCCUCAUAACAAUAGUCUCGCAUAUAAUGCAAGCUGCCGUUGGAGUUGCCUGCAAAAGAAUUGCGAAACAUCUCCCAACUGCUUUGUCUCUGUUGUUAGUUAAUUCCAUUCUACAUUAUCUCUCCAACAAAUGGAGUGCAAAAUCCUACCAAUAGGCUCAUGAUGCAGUAUGCACUCAUGGUUAUUGAACACACAUUAUUAUACAGCUCUGAGUUAGCCCUUUCUCAUUCAUACCAAUCUAGCUUUUUGCUCCAACAUACCUGAUUCAAAUGAUCAGCUCGUUAGUAAGCCAUUACAGAGCUUGUUAACGAGCUGAUCAUUUGAAUCAGGUGUGUUGGAGCAGGGAAACAUCCAAAACAUUCAGGACAGUGGGCCACCAGGACUGGACUUGAGAACCACUGCUUUAGGGAACUUUUAACAAGAUUUAACAAAAUCUUUUGUUUCCGCUGAUGUCUCCUUGUCACUUGCAACAGCGAAUGAGUCCAUCUGUGUGAAAAUAAGUUGUUUCUAAAUUGUGAAAACUGGGAAAACGGGAGCCAGUGGUCGGGUCGGGACCAUGAAAGAUACAAUUUACGGCACUCAGACCAGAGACGGCACAUACAUUUUUUUACUUUGCACUGAAAACGUGCACAUUACUGUCACUACACAAAUGGUGACAACAUCUUGCAGCAGAAGACUCCUGCAGACACCGUGUCAUACUACAGCUGCAACCACGGAGUGAGAAGCUCCUCCACACCAGAGACAGACAGGCAGAGCAGCUCUGUGUCACUACCCUCAGUAGUCCUGCUGUUCCACGUCUGUCUCACACUCUGCUGCGGGCUGACCCAGAGUCACUUCCCGAGUUUUAAUAUGUUUACAAAGUAAGGUGCCUCAAACAAAGUUAGUUUCUGGAGCCCUGACAUGUGUGACAGAUAACUAUCUUUAUAACAAUACGUGCUAAAACACUACCGCUUUUGUCCACAGUGGCUGCCAAAAUCAACAGAAAAUGAAAACUCCUUCCAGCUGCAUUAAUGUCAAGACAAAGAUGGUCUGGAAAGAAAAACUCCAGCGCCGAAUUCUGGGUUUAAUACAGGCUCAUAAGGCUUAAUGUUAGAGUUUAUAGCUGUGAUUUCGGGGUUUUGUGACCUAUUCUUUCUUUCCUGAUAUUGGCUGAAGAUAUGCAUUGGGUGUGCAUUUAUGGAGCGGAUAAUUGCUGUGGUCUCUACAUUAAUUGGUUUAAUCUUUCUGUAGGUGGAGCCAAACCCAAAGCGCCUCAGUGCCGUGGAGAGACUGGAAGCUGACAAGGCCAAGUAUGUCAAGAGUCAAGAAGUCAUCAACGCCAAGCAGGAGCCUGUCAAACCACCUGUGCUGGCAAAGCCUCCUGUUAGUCAUCCCCUCAUUAAGAGAGGCUCUGGGAUUGGUGGAGGAGGGCAUGGAGGGGGGAUACCCUUCAAAGCAUCCAAUAAUAAUGCCAAGUCAGACACCUGUGCAACUAGCAGUGGCAGCAAACGGGAAAAUUUAAACCUGGAGAUCCUAAAAAAUCUGCUCAACUCCUCAUCCUCUUCAGGAGCAGGGUCCGAAGGACUAGGGGGUGGAGCCAAAAGUGCAGUGCUAAUGAGGUCAUCAGGAGGGAUCACCCGGAGUUGGACACCAUCAGGGUAAGAUGUUGUUUGUGGGAUUGAAAACUUUUCUUGUCUUUAGAUCAAAAACCUUUCCUUACUUUACAAAAUUGAGAGCUAUGACAAAGAACUCUAUGGUAUGGCAAUUUAUUUAAGGGCGCGUUCACACCUCCCUUGUUUAGUCCAGUUGAACCGAACCCUGGAGCGUUUACCCCCUUGGUGUGGUUCGUUUGGAUCGGUGUGAACGCUGACCUUGAACUCUGGUGCGUAACAAAUAAACGAACUCUGGUCCGCCUGAAGAGGUGGUCUCGGACCGCUAUCAAGUGAACUCUGGACCGGUUCAUUUCUGGUGUGAAUGUCAUCCACUCCAAUCACAGGAAACGCACCACACACGUCAUCUAGGCUAUUUGUAAUGCUCGUUGUGAAAUAAAUGUUGUCCGCUCACCUCACUUGUCCCGAUUGACACCAGAGAGAAAACGCAUCGUAUCAGGCUCUCAUUAAUGCCUGUCCCCAUCUCGUCUUUAUCUGUCAUUUGUUUGCAGCACGUCUACUCCCUAAUGUAUUAUUUAAUGCCGCAGUUCGAGCUCACUGGCUAAUGAGCCGUUCAUACACAUGAUUGACUAGCGUCUUUUGAUACGCGCUCCAGAUGAGUAGCAAAAGCAAAAUCAGCCGACAAUGCUCCAUGACAGGUGAAGACAGCAGAGCGGGGUUUGUAUUCCUGCAUUAACUAAUGACCAAUAACCGAAUGAUAUUCGUGGUCACGUGACUUCUGGUUCCGUUUUCUGGAGCGAUUGAGUUUGUCCUUUGAGAACGCAAACAGGAACAGUUAAACAAUCAAAACAAAUGUAUCGUCUUGCCUUGGAUUCGAAUCAGGAAACGGACCUUUAGGUGUGAACACGACCUAAUUCAAGUUCCCAUGAAAGUGGAAAAGGCCUUUAUAUUAGCUGUAUUUAUUACAGUAGAGAAGGAGAAGAGUUGGAAAGAGGAGGAUACAUUUCAGUGUUACAUGUAGAUAGUUGGUUUACCUGAUCACAAAGAGGCAAAUGAGAAAAAUGAACCAGGCUGAACAAAAAUGACUCACUCACUGAUCAGAAUUAAAUUAAAGACCUUAUUAGAUCUUGAAUUUUUUUUAAUAAAAGAGAUGGUUUGUUUCAUUUUUUAAUGGUUAAACACCCACAUAAACUCUCAAUCAAUCUUUUUUUUAAAGCACCAAUUCACAAUAAAUGUUAUCUCUAGAUGCUUGACAAAAAAAGCAAAGCGUGUGGUCUAGACCAGACUCUAUUUACAAAGAGCCAGUGUAAAGAUGGGACAAGACUGAGCCCACUCCCACCCCAUCUUUAACCAUGAGUAAAACAAUUUACAACACUUAUAAAGUUACAGUGGAGAGGAAAAAACGCCUUUACCAGGCUUUAACAGAACAUGACUGCCUGUGCCAUGUGAGAGAUUCAGUGAUGUGGUCAUGAAAAGUCUACAGUGUCAGUGUUGUUGUGAGAUCAUGGUCCAUAGUAAUGUUGCAGUUGUCAAACAGGGGUAUAUUUACUGUUUGGGCCUACAGGUGUACAGAGCACCUGGCUGACUAAUGAAAUUGUGCCUUUGAAUCAUCGUGCAUCACUGUAUAGUAUCAAAAAUAGUUGAAUACUGCAACCCCUUAAAUCAAGCCGCGCCCCCUAUUAUUGGAGAUGUCAAAACUAGCUCUAAAUCAGUCCUAGCAUAAGGACAGUCAUUAUGGUAUGGAUUUUUCUUUCUUUCUUUCCUUUGCUAACAGAGACCCCAGUGUGCUGUGCAGGCAUUAUAAUUCAGAACUGAAGGAACACCAUGCUGCAUCAUCAAACCAGCGUUUCAUUUUACACUUCCAUCACUUUAGGCUGUGAUCACCUGCUAAACUCUUCUGCUACUUCAGAAUGUGGGAGCGUGCAGUUUUUACUCUGUGUAGGCAAAUGUUUCUGACCCUUUAAUGUAUUUAUAAAGGCUGAUCAGGGUGAAUGGGGCUGUGGGUUGAUUUGCAUUGGAGGCAGAACAGUGAGAUCUGAUCAUGUGGUCACUGGAGACCCAUGAUGUGAACACUCACACUUGAUGCAGGUCAUUUGUGUUUUUCAGUUCUUUUAAAAACAUGUUGAUGAAAGUUAUGAACAACUGUUUGGAUGUCAAACUGUGGCUAGUUCACUUAGGACUUGUGAUAAACCUGCUGGCUUUGAGGAGAGGACAGUUAAGGCACUUUAAGUAGAUGUAUUCAGACUAGGACUGGGCGAUUUGGAAAAAAAAAAAAAGAUCACAAUAUAUCUUGUCAUAUCAUCCCAUCUCGAUUAUUAUCAGUUUUUUGUUUUUUUUUAACUACCGGUUUUACAGCUAAAAACUAAAGAAACUAGAGAUUAGUUUGACAUUUUAUUAACUUACAAAGUAAAUAAAGCUAAUUGAAUAAGAUAAACUUAGAAGAAUAUAAAAAAAACAUUUUAACUCAACAAUACAACAAAUGUAGAUAAAUACUUAAUAAUACAGUGAACUAGUUUACAGUCCUGAGUGUUUUUGCAGGUAUGCAAGACACAAAAUCAACAAAUUACCCACCCAGGGAUAAUGAAGACGCCUUAAAAUGUAAAGAUUAGAUGAUGUAAACGUAGAUGACACGAUUUGCUGCUUUGGUCUGGUGGCUGCACCGCUAGUUGUAGCUAAACUGAUAAUUCUACUUGUGCCGUCGGCAGUGACAGGCUGUACAGACUCUGCUCACAUUUUCAUGCUUUCCGAAUCGCUCGGGAAGUACUUCUCCAAAGAUUGAACAGAUCUUUUGUGUUGCCGGUUUUUGAGGGCACCAACCGCCGACAUACCUUGCACAUCAGCUUAAUUGCUCAACAUCACUUUGGAGAUACCCAAACCACUGCCACACAACCGAUGUUGGGUUACUUUUCUUCUCAACAAUGGCGUCUUUGGAGGAUGACUCAAAGUCAUGGCUGACAUCUACUUUGCUGUUCUCAGCUCCACGUUUAGCUCCACGUUCAGUCAUUCUGUUUACUUCUCCUGUUUACUUCUUCGGCAACUUACAGAAGUGAGCAGUAAAAGCUUGACUCUGAUUUGCUGUUGUCACCCUCAUUUCCACCAUGUUUCAUUGAGUAAAUAAGCUCACAGCUGAUCACGGUGAUCAAACUGAAAUUUAUCACGAUCAUUUAAUCACCCAGUCCUAACUCAGAUUCAGGGUUAUAUCAUAACUGCAACUCUGUCCCACGGCUCCAUAAUAAAUUAUUUUACUGAAUGAAUUUAAAAAUGUUUCCAAUCUACUGUUUAUCAGCCCAUGUUUUAAAUGGAAAAAAUGAAUCCAAGGUUCAGGGAUGAAAUUGCAAUUCCACUGUUAAGGUCCUUACACCGACACAAAUACAGAAUUUGAAAUUACGAAAUAUUCAGGGGCGAAUUUUGACGCGCCUGACUAUACACAUCAAGCCUGAUGCGAUUUUGCAACUUUCUGGGGGGAAAAAGAUGCAUCCCGGGUAGAAGGGAGAAGACUGACACAACAGCAGACUGACUGUUUUUCAGUUCUGAUUAGACAUAAGUGUUGAGAUGGCUGUCUGUCAUGAUAGCAUGUACUGAGUCGGGGCCAGUACCAGAUAAGCACAUUAAACUAUAAUCCAUAAACGUAAGGUAACAACCGAGACCUAAUGGUGCUGUAACAGCAACGCGAUUGAGUUUGAGACAGUGAAAAUACAUAUGGUAUGUUGUAUCUGAACAAGUUAGCUUACGAGCUAAAGUUACUUAGCACAGAUGAAAGUUAAAACAAAGACGUUUAGCAAACUGUUAAAGCACACAAACUAUCGUCAUAUGAGAGAUCCGAUGUGAACAAUCAGCCGGUCGGCCAUGUUAGAUAUACCGGUGAAUCAGACGUCGCAACAACACGCAAUCUGAUUGGUCAGAAGUGGACACACAGUAUGCGAAACUGUAGAAAAAUCGAGCAUGAUCUGAAAGAAUAAAUGCUGCAAAAUCGCUGGACAGGAAAAUGUCACUGAUAUGAACGCUUGUAUUGACAGGAUCGAAAAAAUAUUGAAGUCCGAAAUAAUCGCACAACAAAAACAGUCCCGGUGUGAAAGGACCUUUAGAAAACUAUAGCAGCAACUGUGUGAAGUGUGUCAGUGCAGGUUUAAUGGUGUCCUAAUAAACCUGUUAUUUUUUCCUCCACACUGUCAAACUCAACUGUAAAUUUUCACUGAGUGUCUGUCUCAUGUGUGUCCUGUUUUUCUUCUCACAGGAUGCCGCUAACUUACCGAUCUACGAUGACACUAAACGAACAACCACCUGACUCAGCGCCCAGUCCCAGCACAUCCCACUCCCUCCGAUCCUUCUCCCACUCUCUAAAGGUCCCCCCAAUCAAUAGCACAGGUCGCCGCAGUCCACUACAAGGAGGAAACCUCAACCUGAGCAGACGAGUCCUGGGUGAGAGAGGAGGGGAGGGAGGAGUUACUGAUCGAUCUCGCUCCCCGCUACCGCCUCUGCUCACCUCUCACUCCUCCUCCGACCUCCUGCGACUGUGCAAUGGCAAGCCACUCCGCACGGCCCGAUCCAGCAGCUCCUCAGCCCCGCCCCUUCCACCCAAACCAAACCCCGCUUCCCUCCCCCCUCCCGCACUUUCCCUGUCUCUACCUCCCCCACGUCCGACUCCAUCCCCCUCGCUCUGUGACAACAAUACCCCUCAGUCGCUGCCUUGUGAUUUCGCAGAUGCUUCAAAUGCUUCAACUGAACCCAACCUGGAGCUGGAGCUUGGUACUUCUGUGGCACGCCGGUCAUCGCUGCACAGAUCCAAAUCAGACUUGUCCGACCGGUACGCCCGGGCUGGAGCUGACGUGGAACGCUUUUUUAACUAUUGCGGCCUUGACCCUGAGGAGCUGGAGGCGGUCGGUCCAGAGAACUUUGCUCGAGCCAAUUCAGACAUUGUCAGUCUGAACUUCCGGUCAGCCUCCAUGAUCUCCUCUGACUGCGACCAGUCGAGGCGAUCCUCCAAUGAAGGACUCUCAGACGGGGAAGACGAUGAGGAAGAAGAGGCAGGGGAGCGGGUCCCGUACGGCAUCUCAGCUGUGGAGCGAAAUGCUAGAGUCAUCAAGUGGCUGUACAGUAUCAAACAGGCGAGAGAGACUCAGAAGGUGUCCCAUGUUUAG